CAAAGUUGUCCGCUCCUAAGCGUGUGAAUUGAAGCGACUGUGUGAAACAAAAAGGAAACCAAUCAGAGACACAGGCACACGCACACAUACACACUGACACACGCACACACGAACACACGGACACACAGACACUAUAUAUGAGUACACACAAAAACACACACCCUCGCACACAUGCACAGUCUUAUGUAAAAAUCUAAGGAAAAAUCAAUACAAGUGCAUUUGAAUUUAAUGAAAAGUCGAGGAAGUUGCUUAGAUUUAACGAAUUAUUGCACAAAAGUCGCGAAGCAAAAAUAAAAUAAAUCUCGAAAAAAGCGAAAAAAAAAACGCGUUUGCACAGUGAAAAUAAAAAAUAUGUAUGACUAAGCCGUAGUGACGACAUUCGCGAACGCCGCUUACACAAUUUUUCUAUACUAGAUACAUAACGUAGAAAAUUUCGGCAGACGUUUUGUGCAGUUUCCUUAAAUUAAACACAAAAUGGUUACCGAAAAUGGAGCGCAGGGUGAUGGCAAUACCUCGUUUUUGCGUGCCGCACGAGCUGGGCAUCUCGAUCGCGUAUUGGAACAUUUGAAGAACAAUAUUGACAUCAACACCAGCAAUGCGAACGGUCUGAAUGCCUUGCAUUUGGCCUCCAAGGAUGGACACAUACACGUCGUCUCGGAGCUACUGCGCCGCGGUGCUAUUGUGGACAGUGCCACCAAAAAGGGCAACACUGCGCUGCAUAUUGCGUCGCUGGCCGGUCAGGAGGAGGUCGUGAAGCUGCUGCUACAGCACAAUGCCUCCGUGAAUGUGCAGUCGCAGAAUGGCUUCACGCCACUCUAUAUGGCCGCGCAGGAGAACCACGAUGCGGUCGUUAAGCUGCUGCUCUCCAAUGGAGCCAAUCAGAGCUUGGCUACGGAGGAUGGCUUCACGCCGCUGGCAGUGGCUAUGCAGCAGGGACAUGACAAAGUUGUCGCUGUGUUGCUAGAAAGCGAUACGCGCGGCAAGGUUCGUCUGCCCGCUCUGCACAUCGCUGCCAAAAAGGACGAUGUCAAGGCGGCUACUUUGCUGCUAGACAACGAUCAUAAUCCAGACGUAACUUCCAAAUCGGGCUUUACACCCUUGCACAUUGCCUCGCACUAUGGCAAUCAGAAUAUUGCCAAUUUGCUGAUCCAGAAGGGCGCCGAUGUCAACUACUCGGCCAAGCACAACAUCAGUCCAUUGCAUGUGGCCGCCAAGUGGGGCAAGACAAACAUGGUGUCGCUGCUGUUGGAGAAGGGUGGCAAUAUUGAGGCCAAGACCCGUGAUGGUCUCACACCCCUACAUUGCGCCGCACGUUCCGGUCACGAGCAGGUCGUCGACAUGCUCCUCGAGCGCGGUGCACCCAUUAGCGCCAAGACCAAGAAUGGUCUCGCUCCCUUGCAUAUGGCCGCUCAGGGCGAGCAUGUGGAUGCGGCUCGCAUUUUGCUCUACCACCGUGCACCCGUCGAUGAGGUGACCGUUGACUAUCUGACCGCCUUACAUGUGGCCGCCCAUUGUGGACAUGUGCGUGUCGCGAAGCUGUUGCUCGACCGCAAUGCCGACGCGAAUGCCCGCGCUCUCAAUGGGUUCACGCCACUCCACAUUGCCUGCAAGAAGAAUCGCAUCAAGGUUGUGGAAUUGCUGCUGCGCCAUGGUGCUAGCAUAAGCGCCACCACAGAGAGUGGCUUGACGCCUCUGCAUGUCGCCGCCUUCAUGGGUUGCAUGAACAUUGUCAUCUACUUGCUCCAACACGAUGCCAGUCCCGAUGUGCCGACUGUCCGUGGCGAGACGCCAUUACAUUUGGCCGCACGCGCCAAUCAGACUGACAUCAUACGCAUUUUGUUGCGCAAUGGUGCCCAGGUGGAUGCACGGGCCCGUGAGCAGCAGACGCCUCUCCACAUUGCUUCGCGUUUGGGCAACGUGGAUAUUGUUAUGUUGCUGCUGCAACAUGGCGCCCAGGUGGAUGCCACCACCAAGGACAUGUACACGGCUCUGCAUAUUGCUGCCAAGGAGGGCCAGGAUGAGGUUGCUGCUGUGCUAAUUGAGAAUGGAGCCGCCUUGGAUGCUGCCACAAAGAAGGGCUUCACUCCACUGCACCUGACCGCCAAGUAUGGUCACAUAAAGGUGGCACAGCUGCUGCUGCAGAAGGAGGCGGAUGUGGAUGCCCAGGGCAAGAAUGGGGUGACUCCGCUGCAUGUCGCCUGUCAUUAUAACAACCAGAAUGUGGCGCUAUUGCUGCUCGAGAAGGGCGCCAGUCCACAUGCCACGGCCAAAAAUGGACACACUCCGUUGCAUAUUGCGGCGCGCAAGAAUCAAAUGGAUAUUGCCACAACAUUACUGGAGUAUGGCGCCCAGGCCAAUGCCGAGAGCAAGGCUGGCUUCACGCCCUUGCAUUUGAGCAGCCAGGAGGGCCAUGCUGAGAUCUCCAAUUUACUGAUCGAGCACAAAGCAGCCGUCAAUCAUCCGGCCAAGAAUGGACUCACACCCAUGCAUCUCUGCGCCCAGGAGGACAAUGUGAAUGUGGCGGAGAUCUUGCAGCGCAAUGGAGCCAACAUCGACAUGGCUACCAAGGCUGGCUACACUCCACUCCAUGUGGCCUCUCACUUCGGCCAGGCCAAUAUGGUGCGCUUCUUGCUGCAGAAUGGCGCCAAUGUGGAUGCCGCCACUUCGAUUGGUUACACGCCACUCCAUCAGACAGCACAGCAGGGCCAUUGCCACAUUGUUAACCUCCUGUUGGAGCACAAGGCCAAUGCCAAUGCUCAGACUGUAAAUGGGCAGACCCCAUUGCAUAUUGCACGCAAGUUGGGCUACAUUAGUGUCUUGGACUCGCUGAAAUCGAUCACCAAAGAGGAUGAAGCUGCCGCCGCGCCUGCGCAGACGGAGGAGAAAUAUCGCGUGGUUGCUCCCGAAGCUAUGCACGAGUCGUUCAUGUCGGACUCGGAGGAGGAGGGCGGCGAAGACAAUAUGCUAUCCGAUCAACCUUAUCGUUAUUUGACCGUUGAUGAAAUGAAAUCCUUAGGCGAUGACUCCCUACCCAUUGAUGUGACACGCGACGAGCGCAUGGACUCCAAUCGCAUGACCCAAAGCACCGAAUAUGCCAGCGGUGUGCCUCCAACCAUUGGUGAGGAGAUCAUUAGUCCGCAUAAGGCCCAGGUCUAUGGCAGCUCCCCUAAGGCCACCGUUGAUGGUGUCUACAUAGCCAACGGGGGUGGGGUGCAUGACGAACCGCCUCACGUGGGCCGUAAGCUGACCUGGAAGAGCUUCCUGGUAUCCUUCUUGGUUGAUGCCCGUGGUGGUGCUAUGCGUGGCUGUCGCCACAGCGGUGUUCGCAUGAUUAUUCCAUCGCGCUCCACUUGCCAGCCGACAAGAGUCACUUGUCGUUACGUGAAGCCACAACGCACCAUGCAUCCCCCUCAGCUGAUGGAGGGGGAGGCCUUGGCCAGUCGUGUGCUGGAACUCGGUCCCUGUUCGACGAAAUUCAUUGGGCCCGUGGUCAUGGAGGUGCCACAUUUUGCUUCGUUGCGUGGCAAGGAGCGCGAGAUUAUCAUUUUGCGUUCCGAUAAUGGUGAGACUUGGCGUGAGCAUACAAUCGAAAACUCCGAGGAGGUCAUCCACGAUGUUAUGCAACAAUGCUUCGAGCCGGAGGAGAUCGCGCAGCUGGAAGAGCAGGCUGGCAAUCACGUUUGCCGAUUUGUCACCUACGAUUUCCCUCAGUACUUCGCCGUUGUCUCACGCAUUCGUCAGGAGGUGCAUGCGAUUGGGCCUGAGGGCGGCAUGGUGUCCAGCACUGUGGUGCCGCAGGUGCAGGCCGUGUUCCCGCAGGGCGCACUCACCAAAAAGAUCAAAGUUGGCUUACAGGCACAACCGGUCGAUCCCGAUCUAACUGCUAAGCUGCUGGGUCGCGGGGUCGCCGUCUCGCCGAUCGUUACGGUCGAGCCGCGUCGCCGAAAGUUCCAUAAGGCCAUAACUCUGAGCAUGCCCGCACCGAAGGCUCACAGUCAGGGCAUGAUCAAUCAGUAUUCGGGAAAUACCCCAACUCUGCGGCUGUUGUGUUCUAUAACAGGCGGACCAUCACGCGCCCAAUGGGAGGAUGUGACAGGUUCGACACCCUUGACCUUUGUCAAUGACUGCGUUUCAUUUACCACGACUGUGUCCGCACGCUUUUGGUUAAUGGACUGCCGAAAUAUCUCGGACGCUACUAAAAUGGCUACUGAGCUAUAUAAGGAAGUCAUACACGUACCCUUUAUAGCCAAGUUCGUGGUAUUUGCAAAGAAAAUUGAACCCUACGAGGCACGCCUACGGGUAUUCUGCAUGACCGACGAUCGGGAAGACAAGACGCUCGAGAAACACGAACUAUACACAGAGGUGGCGAAGAGUCGCGAUGUUGAGGUGCUUGAGGGCAAGCCGCAAUACAUCGAAAUGGCUGGAAAUUUGGUGCCAGUCACAAAAUCGGGUGAUCAAUUGCAGCUGCAGUUUAAGGCCUUCCGCGAGAAUCGACUUCCCUUCACUGUACGAGUCAAGGACCAACAUGCUGAUAUUGUUGGUCGGACGCUUUUCAUGAAGGAGCCAAAGGUUGCAAAGGGAGAGCCGCCCCAACAACCCAUCUGCAUUCUGAACAUAGUGCUGCCCGAAGCUGUCAUACCAGAUUCGACAACUGCGUUCUCUGAUCGUGUCACCUCUGCCUACAGAACAUCAAUGUUCAGCUUAAGCAAGCAUCAAAACGAUCAUUAUAUUGGCGACAUUCGCAUCGUUGAUCUAUCGAAUCUGCUGGGCAAAGACUGGAUACAGCUGGCGCCAGAAAUAGGCAUCAAUGCAGAUGAGAUCGAUGAGAUAAUCAAUCAAAAUACCGACAGUAUUGCACGCCAAGCCCAAAGCAUGAUACGGUUGUACAAAGACAAGCCGAACUACGACAUCUUGGCGUUGGAAUCGGCGCUUAAGAAUAUUGGACGCGAUGACAUUAUGAAAAAGUGCAAGAGUGGAAGACUUUCGCAUUCGCGAGAGUUCGAUGACACUGAUAUUAUGAAAAAUUCGGAAUCCGUCGAAGAGCUGGUUCGCAGAGAAAGUAAGCGAAUUCAGCAAAUCAACGAACGCGAAGAAGUCAAAUACUCUGCCGAAGAGAAGGAAGUCGAAGAGUCCGAAUCGGAUGAAGAACCAGCAAAGCGAACCGUUGCCGAGCGUCGAGAGAAAAUUGUCAAACGUCUGUCGAUCGAACGUUCAAUACCAGCAUCCACUCAAAAGAAGGAGAUUACGCGAGAGAUAACCGAAAUCAAACGAAAGAGUCUCAUUGAGGAUAAGAAGGCCAUCCAUGAAUCUGAAAUACUAAUGCAGCUGCCUGCCGAUAAUAUAAUCAAGUCUGCGGUUGUACCCGAGCAGGUCAUUAAGAUGAAAAUGGGUAAGAUGGAAUCCGUGGAAGUAAGCAAAAGCGACUUCGACAAGGAACUCACACACAAGUUCAAAUCAUCUGGACGUAGCUCCGAAGAAGAAGAGCAACACUCCCCAGAUAAGGUUGACAAAAUCGUGCUGGACAUAAGUGCUGCUGAAAAGUCAGAAAAGAAGGAUGGCAUUAGCACCACUAGGGUCACAACCAUUACGCGACAAGAGGCCCGUGAUAUUACUGAAGACUUCUUGGAAUUUGAAAAGCGAACCCAACUUCCAGCUGCCGCUGUCACUGUCCAUGAAAAGUUUGUAGAAGAGGUCAAAGAGAAGCCUACAGUGCCUCAGGAAACCGUUAAAGAAGUAGAACAGGUUAUAACCGAAGUCACUGAAAAGGCCAGUAAGAAAGUAGAAAGCCUAAUCGGCUCUUUUGAGACUGGUGCUGCCGAGGAGAAAACAGCGGCAGUGGUCAGCCAAACCUCGACCGAAACAACGAAGGUCAGUGAGACAAUAAAACACCUUAAAGAUGCCCAGUCAACAUCCAUGGAACAAGCAAAAGUAAUCGAAAUCAUCGAGGGCACAAAUAUUGAAGACAAGAUUGCCGAUUUUGAAGCCAAAAAGGUGAAAUACGAAUUCCAUGGUAUAGAACCCAAGACACAAAUACCUAAGCUUGUGAAAAAAGGAAGCGAAGACAUUAAACAGCCCACUGCUGCUCCUAGAGCUGUGGUUGAACAUGAGAAAGCAGCCGAAGUAAGAACGGAGAAGCCUCUUUCAAAAAUACCUGUGAAGAGCGGUGAGGGUGCUAGGGGCCUUGAUUCUGACGCCCGAAAACUGACACAAGAUUUUCUACAAGCCGAGCAACAGACCCAGCUGCCAGCUCCACAAAUAACCGAGGCCAAGCAAGCACCGGCAAGCAAAAUUCCAAAGGUGGAGCCCAGAAAAUCCAUUGAGAAACUAGUGGAAAAAGACUCUAAAAUUGUAGCAGGCAUAACCCUUACUGAAGAGGCAAAAGAAAAGCCAGUUGAGCCUACAAAGCAAUCUGUUAUCGCAGAAAAGGCAGAUAAAGUUACCGAGAAGAUUGGUGAAUUAAUCGAUGCAUUCCACAAAACGGAAGAACGGGUGACAAAAUCUGAAAAGCAACUCGAACAAGUUUCCGAAACGCUUAAAUUAGGUCAUAAAGCUGAAGAGGCACCAAUUUCUGCCGCCAAGGCCGACAAAGUUGCAGAAAAGGUUGCUGAAGUUGUCGAGACAUUCCAUAAGAUCGAUGAGCGUAUUGCCAUUAAAAUGACAGACGAUUUCCUGAGCAUGGAACAAAAAACUCAGCUACCAAGCAAGCCUUUAACAACAGAAAAAAUAAUGGAGCCAAGUGAGAAGCCGAUUUUCCAAACUGUAGGGGCUCCAGUUCAAAAAACAAUUGAGCCUAGUGAGACACCGAUUUUCAAAACUGUAGGGGCGCCUGUUUCUGCACAAAAGCCCAGCGAAGAAAAAACAAUGGAGCCUAGUGAGAAGUCUACAACAACAACAACGAUUUCGAAAACUGUUGAGGUGCCAGUUUCUACACAAAAGUCCAUCGAAGUGCCAGUUAAGGAAGACAAAGUUGCAGAAAAGGUUGCUGAAGUUGUCGAGACAUUCCAUAAGAUCGAUGAGCGUAUUGCCAUUAAAAUGACAGACGAUUUCUUAAGCAUGGAGCAGAAAACUCAGCUACCAAGCAAGCCCUUAACAACAGAAAAAGUAAUGGAGCCAAGUGAGAAGCCGAUUUUCCAAACUGUAGGGGCUUCAGUUUCCGCACAAAAGCCCAGCGAAGAAAAAACAAUUGAGCCUAGUGAGACACCGAUUUUCAAAACUGUAGGGGCGCCUAUUUCUGCACAAAAGCCCAGCGAAAUUCCAGUUAAGGUUGCAGAAAAGGUUACAGAGAAGGUUCUAGAGAAGGUUCCAGAGAAGGUUACAGAGAAGGUUACAGAGAAGGUUGCUGAAGUUAUCGAGACAGUCCAUAAAAUUGAUGAGCAUAUAACAAUAGAUACGCGCCAGAUGACACACGAUUUCUUAAGCAUGGAACAACAAAGUCAGCUACCAGGCUUGCCACAAGCAACGGAGAAAUUAAUCGAGUCUAGUCAAACAUCUACCACCACAUCUGAGCCCGAUUCUGUGAGCACAGUUAAAGCAGCGCCUCCUGCUAGUAAAAUACCAAAAAUUGAGUCCAGAAAAUCCAUGACAGAGGACUCAUCAAAACCUGCUGAAGCACAAAAGAUGGAGCCAAUCGUUGAGCGCAAGCUGACUGCUGAUUUCUUAAGCAUGGAACAGCAAACUCAGUUGCCACUUAUUGUGCCAUCUACGAAAGCAGCUGAUGUUAAGAGCGACCUAACAACUGCCAUCCUUGGCACAACUGCAUUGCCAGAAGUAAUCCAGCCCGAGCUUAUUGCUAAGGAGGCAAAGGUAACUGAGAAGCUAAUCGAAUUGGUCGAAACGGUUGACGAAAUUGAGCGUAAAGUGAAGGCGCCAGCAACCCAAAAGGUUGCUGGCGAUGGAAUUGAGACAGCGGCGCCAAUCGGCGAAGUAUCACCCUUUGCCGCACGCAAGCUAACUGCCGACUUUCUGGCUACUGAGCAGAAAAAUCAGCUGAAGGGCGCAAUCGCGACCAAAGUCAGCGAAUACGACAGCGACACUUUUGGCAAGAGCGCCACAAUACCGUUGAGUGAGACAGUUAGUUCAGUUUGGGACGAGGGACUCACUGCGCCCAUAUCGAUGGAGCCGCGCAAGUCUCUGACCGAUGCUGAAUUCUGUAAAUCCGUUGGUGAUAGCAUAACAAAGAAAAUGAGCGAGGGACUAGUUGAAAUAUCAGAUGAGCUCAUGAAACUAGCGAGCGACAUUCCACACUCCCAGACUCCACCACCCACACCAAGCGAUACAAAGAUUGAGAAGCAAAACGAACAGGAACAGGAACAGCAACGCUUAAGCAGCUUAGAGCGCGAUUAUCUCGCCGACACUGUGACGACAUUGCACAAAACCACAGAGUCGACGUUUGAGCGCGUUGCUGCCAUAACCACAAUUGAGCACUUCAGUGUUCAUAAUGUACAAAUCGAAUCAUUUAAAAGUACAGAUGAAACUGAUAAGCUGCUUGAUAAAAUGGUAGCUGUAGCUCCCCCCGAUAUUUUAUACUCACAAGACACUACCUCAUUUCCAGAAAUGAGAACAAGUAGUCAAACAGCGAAGACGACAACAACCCUGACAGCGAAUAUAACACGCACUAAAGCCGACUUGAUAGAGCCUAAGCAACAACCUUCGGAGCAACAAGUAGAUGUCAAUACUAUUACUCAUACCAAUAUAGAAACUAAAGAGUCAACUGAAUCAGAUUUAGCUGCAAGUGAUAGGGAGUAUCUAGAGCAAAUAAUGGGCUGUGGUGAUGUUAGACGAAAAAUUAUGCGCUUGGAAAGCCAUAGUAGUACAGAAACUCAGGAAAGCAAUAAUAAGGAGCAGAGUACUCCAAAAUAUAUAGGUGAUAAUGUACCGGUGGUUAAGGAUGUGGUACAAAGUAUUGAGGAAAAGAUUUCCGGCACUGUGGAGGCUAUACCUUUUGCUGUGCAAAAACGAGAGCCCUGCCAAAGGGAUCCGAAUGUAUGUGAGCUAGAGCAACAAAUCUUGAGCGCUGCAGAUUUGGCAUUGGAAAAAAUAAUGAAAUGUGAGCCUCCAGCGCAGGUUGUAAAGCUAUCACCAAUCGAAGCUAUUGAACAUGAAGCCGAUGGCCGAGCACAAAUUGGGGAAGAAGUGUGCGAAAAGAUUUGCGCAAAGCGUAAAGCCUUUGAAGUUGCAGAAGACUUAAAUGAAAUGGAUAAGACUUUAGCAGAACAUGAUGUAGUUCUGGAUAAUGAAGUGAUAAGAGUACCUGGGGAGGUUUUAACAAAAACAAAUGCUGAGCACAAAGACAUAGUAGAUAAGAAAGAAUCAUUGCCAAAAGUAAAGGAUGUUGUACAAGAUAUUGAACGCAAGUACCCUAUGACGAGCUUAGAGGCCACUCCAUUUAGUCUUCGAAAGCGAGAAAACAUUAAUAGAAAUGCUGAUGUUUCCUCAAUAGAACAACAAAUUUUAAGUGACACCGACAUGUUAUUACAAGGUUUACAAAAUAAUCAAGUUUUAGAGAAGAAAGUAGUGACCCCAGUUUUAGAAACGAAAACCCCAAGUAUUGAAAAUCUUGAAGAGGUCUGUGAAGUGAAGUGCUCUAAGCGCACUAUAUCUGAUAUGGCAAAAGCUUUUGAAAAGGAAGCGGAUAUGCCCCAGCCAAAACAAGUGACCGAUGUGAAGUUGUCAACAGCGGAUUUUAUAGAGCGAGAAAAGGUACAUUAUGAUGUACUCGAGCAAAUACAAGAAUUUGAAUCAAUAAGUAUUUUAAAAGAGACUAAUGACAUGCCGACACCCAUUGAACUAGAUCAUAAACUCAAAACCCCUUUGGACAUAGCCAAGACUGUUUUUCAAGAGAAGCCAUUAGAUAAGUCUUACGAUACGCCCCUCGUACCAGCUGACGUUAAGGACAAGUCCCCAAGUGAAAUUGUAAAACCAACUCUUAAGGAAUAUUUUGACGAUUACAGCGACAAAGAAAUCGGUUUCGGCUUCCAAGAAGAGCCAUCAGCAAAACCAGUUGUCGCAUUUGGUGACAAAUCCCCAUUGAAUGAUGAUGAAAAACCAAAGCCUCUUGCUGACAUAAAAGACGUGCCGACUCCCAUUAAAGUAGAUGAGAAACCAAAGUCUCAAUUAGACAUUGCCGAUAUAUUAAAUGUAAAUAAUGAUAUAACACAGCCCGAGGGCAUUUCUCGUUUGGUUCACGAAUCAAAGCUCCUAAUUCAGAAUGUAGAUACUGUAGAUAGAUGUAGUGAUACGCAGGCCGUUUUAAAUAAAAGUGAAGGCAUAACGAAAAACGAAACAGUUCUGAGAACAUACAAAAGUUGUACACUUCAAGUUAGCGAAACGGUUAAUAUUUCUGAAUGCCACACGGAAAAUAUUACAAUGGACACCAUCGACCAAUAUCGGGAAUUACUCGAAGCUGCACAAAUAAUAAACGAGAAACCAAAGUCUCCAUUAGACAUUGUCAAACCUGUUUCUCAAGAGAAGUCUUCAUCUAAGCCCCUCGUACCGGCUGACGUAAAGGACAAGACCCAAAUUGAUAUUGGAAAACCAAUUCUAAAAGAAUAUUCUGACGAUGAAAGCGAGGAAGAAUUCGGUUUCCGUAACCAAGAAAAGCCAUCAGCUAAAUCAGUUGUCGCAUUUGGAGACAAAUCCCCAUUGAAAGAUGAUGAUAAACCAAAGCCCCUUGCUGACAUAAAAGACCUGCCGACUCCCAUAAAAGUAGAUGAUAAACCAAAGCCUCCAUUAGACAUUGUCAAACCAGUUUCUCAAGAGAAGCCUUCAGAUAAGACCUCAAUUGACAUUGGAAAAGCGAAUCAUAAAGAAUAUUCUGACGAUGACAUAAAAUACCUGCCGACUCCCAUUAAAGUAGAUGAUAAACCAAAGUCUCCAUUAGACAUUGUAAAACCAGUUUCUCAAGAGAAACCUUCAGAUAAGCCCCUCGUACCGACUGACGUAAAGGACAAGACCCCAAUUGACAUUGUGAAGCCUGUUUCUCAAGAGAAGUCUUCAGAUACGCCCCUCGUACCGGCUGUCGUAAAGGACAAGACCCCAAUUGACAUUGGAAAACCAAUUCCAAAAGAAUAUUCUGACGAUGAAAGUGAGGAAGAAUUCGGUUUCGGUAGCCAAGAAAAGCCAUCAGCUAAGCCAUUUGUCGCAUUUGGUGACAAAUCCCCAUUGAAAGAUGAUAAACCAAAGCCCCUUGCUGAUAUAAAAGACCUGCCGACUCCCAUUAAGCCUUCAGAUAAGCCCCUCGUACCGGCUGACGUUACGGACAAGACCCCAAUUGACAUUGUGAAGCCUGUUUCUCAAGAGAAACCUUCAGAUAAGCCCCUCGUACCGGCUGACGUAAAGGACAAGACCCCAAUUGACAUAGGAAAACCAAUUCCAAAAGAAUAUUCUGACGAUGAAAGUGACGAAGAAUUCGGUUUCGGUAGCCAAGAAAAGCCAUCAGCUAAGCCAGUUGUCGCAUUUGUUGACAAAUCCCCAUUGAAAGAUGGUGAUAAACCAAUGCCUCUUGCUGAUAUAAAAGACGUGUCGACUCCCGUUAAAUCAGAUGAUAAACCAAAGUCUCCAUUAGACAUUGCCAAACCAGUUUCUCAAGAGAAGCCUUCAGAUAAUCCCCUCGUACCGGCUGACGUAAAGGACAAGACCCCAAUUGACAUUGGAAAAGCGACUCAUAAAGAAUAUUCUGACGAUGAAAAUGAUGAUAAACCAAAGCCCCUUGCUGAUAUAAAAGACGUACCGACUCCCAUUAAAGUAGAUGAUAAACCAAAGUCUCCAUUGGACAUUGUCAAACAAGUUUCUCAAGAGAAGCCUUCAGAUAAGCCCCUCGUACCGGCUGACGUAAAGGACAAGACCCCAAUUGACAUUGGAAAACCAACUCUUAAAGAAUAUUCUGACGAUGAAAGAGACGAAGAAUUCGGUUUCGGUAGCCAAGAAAAGCCAUCAGCUAAACCAGUUGUCGCAUUUGGUGACAAAUCCCCAUUGAAAGAUGAUGAUGAACCAAAGCCCCUUGCUGACAUAAAAGACGUGCCGACUCCCAUUAAAUCAGAUGAUAAACCAAAGUCUCCAUUAGACAUUGUCAAACCAGUUUCUCAAGAGAAGCCUUCAGAUAAGCCCCUCGAACCGGCUGAUGUAAAGGACAAGACCCCAAUUGACAUUGUGAAGCCUGUUUCUCAAGAGAAGCCUUCAGAUAAGCCCCUCGUACCGGCUGACGCAAAGGACAAGACCCUAAUUGACAUUGGAAAACCAAUUCCAAAAGAAUAUUCUGACGAUGAAAGUGACGAAGAAUUUGGUUUCGGUAGCCAAGAAAAGCCAUCAGCUAAACCAGUUGUCGCAUUUGGUGACAAAUCCCCAUUGAAAGAUGAUUAUAAACCAAAGCCCCUUGCUGAUAUAAAAGACCUGCCGACUCCCAUUAAGCCUUCAGAUAAGCCCCUCGUACCGGCUGACGUAAAGGACAAGACCCCAAUUGGCAUUGGAAAACCAACUCUUAAAGAAUAUUCUGACGAUGAAAGUGACGAAGAAUUCGGUUUCGGUAGCCAAGAAAAGCCAUCAGCUAAACCAGCUGUCGCAUUUGGUGACAAAUCCCCAUUAAAAGAUGAUGAUAAAAUAAAGCCCCUUUAUGAUAUAAAAGACCUGCCGACUCCCAUUAAGCCUUCAGAUAAGCCCCUCGUACCGGCUGACGUAAAGGACAAGACCCCAAUUGGCAUUGGAAAACCAACUCUUAAAGAAUAUUCUGACGAUGAAAGUGACGAAGAAUACGGUUUCGGUAGCCAAGAAAAGCCAUCAGCUAAACCAGUUGUCGCAUUUGAGAAGCCUUCAGAGAAGCCCCUCGUACCGGCUGACGCAAAGGACAAGACCCUAAUUGACAUUGAAAAACCAACUCUUAAAGAAUAUUCUGACGAUGAAAGUGACGAAGAAUUCGGUUUCGGUAGCCAAGAAAAGCCAUCAGCUAAACCAGUUGUCGCAUUUGAGAAGCCUUCAGAUAAGCCCCUCGAACCGGCUGAUGUAAAGGACAAGACCCCAAUUGACAUUGUGAAGCCUGUUUCUCAAGACAAGCCUUCAGAUAAGCCCCUCGUACCGGCUGACGCAAAGGACAAGACCCUAAUUGAAAAACCAACUCUUAAAGAAUAUUCUGACGAUGAAAGUGACGAAGAAUUCGGUUUCGGUAGCCAAGAAAAGCCAUCAGCUAAACCAGUUGUCGCAUUUGGUGACAAAUCCCCAUUAAAAGAUGAUGAUAAAAUAAAGCCCCUUUCUGAUAUAAAAUACCUGCCGACCCCCAUUACAGUAGAUGAUAAACCAAAGUCUCCAUUAGACAUUGUCAAACCAGUUUCUCAAGAGAAGCCUUCAGAUAAGACCCCCAUUGACAUUGGAAAACCAAUUCUAAAAGAAUAUUCUGACGAUGAAAAGAAGCCUUCAGAUAAGCCCCUCGAACCGGCUGAUGUAAAGGACAAGACCCCAAUUGACAUUGGAAAACCAAUUCCAAAAGAAUAUUCCGACGAUGAAAGUGAGGAAGAAUACGGUUUCGGUAGCCAAGAAAAGCCAUCAGCUAAACCAGUUGUCGCAUUUGAGAAGCCUUCAGAUAAGCCCAUCGUACCGGCUGACGUAAAGGACAAGACCCCCAUUGACAUUGGAAAACCAAUUCCAAAAGAAUAUUCCGACGAUGAAAGUGAGGAAGAAUACGGUUUCGGUAGCCAAGAAAAGCCAUCAGCUAAACCAGUUGUCGCAUUUGACCUGCCGACUCCCAUUAAGGUAGAUGAUAAACCAAAGUCUCCAGUGGACAUUGUGAAGCCUCUUUCUCAAGAGAAGCCUUCAGAUAAGCCCCUCGUACCGGCUGACGUUAAAGACAAGACCCCAAUUGACAUUGGAAAACCAAUUCCAAAAGAAUAUUCUGACGAUGAAAGUGACGAAGAAUUCGGCUUCGGUAGCCAAGAAAAGCCAUCAGCUAAACCAGUUGUCGCAUUUGGUGACAAAUCCCCAUUCAAAGAUGAUGAUAAGCCAAAGCCCCUUUCUGAUAUAAAAUACCUGCCGACUCCCAUUACAGUAGAUGAUAAACCAAAGUCUCCAUUAGACAUUGUCAAACCAGUUUCUCAAGAGAAGCCUUCACAUAAGACCCCCAUUGACAUUGGAAAACCAAUUCUAAAAGAAUAUUCUGACGAUGAAAAGAAGCCUUCAGAUAAGCCCCUCGAACCGGCUGAUGUAAAGGACAAGACCCCAAUUGACAUUGUGAAGCCUGUUUCUCAAGACAAGCCUUCAGAUAAGCCCCUCGUACCGGCUGACGUUAAAGACAAGACCCCAAUUGACAUUGGAAAACCAAUUCCAAAAGAAUAUUCUGACGAUGAAAGUGACGAAGAAUUCGGUUUCGGUAGCCAAGAAAAGCCAUCAGCUAAACCAGUUGUCGCAUUUGAGAAGCCUUCAGAUAAGCCCCUCGAACCGGCUGAUGUAAAGGACAAGUUCCCAAUUGACAUUGUGAAGCCUGUUUCUCAAGAGAAGCCUUCAGAUAAGCCCCUCGUACAGGCUGACGUUAAAGACAAGACCCCAAUUGACAUUGGAAAACCAAUUCCAAAAGAAUAUUCUGACGAUGAAAGUGACGAAGAAUUCGGCUUCGGUAGCCAAGAAAAGCCAUCAGCUAAACCAGUUUUCGCAUUUGAGAAGCCUUCAGAUAAGCCCCUCGAACCGGCUGAUGUAAAGGACAAGUUCCCAAUUGACAUUGUGAAGCCUGUUUCUCAAGAGAAGCCUUCAGAUAAGCCCCUCGUACCUGCUGACGUUAAAGACAAGACCCCAAUUGACAUUGGAAAACCAAUUCCAAAAGAAUAUUCUGACGAUGAAAAGAAGCCUUCAGAUAAGCCCCUCGUACCGGCUGACGUUAAAGACAAGACCCCAAUUGACAUUGGAAAACCAAUUCCAAAAGAAUAUUCUGACGAUGAAAGUGACGAAGAAUUCGGUUUCGGUAGCCAAGAAAAGCCAUCAGCUAAACCAGUUGUCGCAUUUGAGAAGCCUUCAGAGAAGCCCCUCGUACCGGCUGACGUAAAGGACAAGACCCCAAUUGACAUUGGAAAACCAACUCUUAAAGAAUAUUCUGACGAUGAAAGUGACGAAGAAUUCGGUUUCGGUAGCCAAGAAAAGCCAUCAGCUAAACCAGUUGUCGCAUUUGAGAAGCCUUCAGAGAAGCCCCUCGUACCGGCUGACGUUAAAGACAAGACCCCAAUUGACAUCGGAAAACCAACUCUUAAAGAAUAUUCUGACGAUGAAAAUGAUGAUAAACCAAAGCCCCUUGCUGAUAUAAAAGACGUGCCGACUCCCGUUAAAUCAGAUGAUAACCCAAAGUCUCCAUUAGACAUUGUCAAACCAGUUUCUCAAGAGAAGCCUUCAGAUAAGACCCCCAUUGACAUUGGAAAACCAAUUCUAAAAGAAUAUUCUGACGAUGAAAGUGACGAAGAAUUCGGUUUCGGUAGCCAAGAAAAGCCAUCAGCUAAACCAGUUGUCGCAUUUGGUGACAAAUCCCCAUUAAAAGAUGAUGAUAAAAUAAAGCCCCUUGCUGAUAUAAAAGACCUGCCGACUCCCAUUAAAUCAGAUGAUAAACCAAAGUCUCCAUUAGACAUUGUGAAGCCUGUUUCUCAAGAGAAGCCUUCAGAUAAGCCCCUCGAACCGGCUGAUGUAAAGGACAAGACCCCAAUUGACAUUGUGAAGCCCGUUUCUCAAGAGAAGCCUUCAGAUAAGCCCCUCGUACCGGCUGACGCAAAGGACAAGACCCUAAUUGACAUUGAAAAACCAACUCUUAAAGAAUAUUCUGACGAUGAAAGUGACGAAGAAUUCGGUUUCGGUAGCCAAGAAAAGCCAUCAGCUAAACCAGUUGUCGCAUUUGGUGACAAAUCCCCAUUGAAAGAUGAUGAUAAACCAAAGCCCCUUUCUGAUAUAAAAGACGUGUCGACUCCCAUUAAAUCAGAUGAUAAACCAAAGUCUCCAUUAGACAUUGUGAAGCCUGUUUCUCAAGAGAAGCCUUCAGAUAAGCCCCUCGUACCGGCUGACGUAAAGGACAAGACCCCAAUUGACAUUGGAAAACCAAUUCUAAAAGAAUAUUCUGACGAUGAAAGUGAGGAAGAAUACGGUUUCGGUAACCAAGAAAAACCAUCAGCUAAACCAGUUGUCGCAUUUGGUGACAAAUCCCCAUUGAAAGAUGAUGAUAAACCAAAGCCCCUUUCUGAUAUAAAAGACGUGUCGACUCCCAUUAAAUCAGAUGAUAAACCAAAGUCUCCAUUAGACAUUGUGAAGCCUGUUUCUCAAGAGAAGCCUUCAGAUAAGCCCCUCGUACCGGCUGACGUAAAGGACAAGACCCCAAUUGACAUUGGAAAACCAAUUCUAAAAGAAUAUUCUGACGAUGAAAGUGAGGAAGAAUACGGCUUCGGUAGCCAAGAAAAGCCAUCAGCUAAACCAGUUGUCGCAUUUGGUGACAAAUCCCCAUUGAAAGAUGAUGAUAAACCAAAGCCCCUUGCUGAUAUAAAAGACGUGUCGACUCCCGUUAAAUCAGAUGAUAAACCAAAGUCUCCAUUAGACAUUGUGAAGCCUGUUUCUCAAGAGAAGCCUUCAGAGAAGCCCCUCGUACCGGCUGACGUAAAGGACAAGACCCCAAUUGACAUUGGAAAACCAACUCUUAAAGAAUAUUCUGACGAUGAAAGUGAGGAAGAAUUCGGUUUCGGUAGCCAAGAAAAGCCAUCAGCUAAACCAGUUGUCGCAUUUGGUGACAAAUCCCCAUUGAAAGAUGAUGAUAAACCAAAGCCCCUUGCUGAUAUAAAAUACCUGCCGACUCCCAUUACAGUAGAUGAUAAACCAAAGUCUCCAUUAGACAUUGUGAAGCCUGUUUCUCAAGAGAAGCCUUCAGAUAAGCCCCUCGAACCGGCUGAUGUAAAGGACAAGUUCCCAAUUGACAUUGUGAAGCCUGUUUCUCAAGAGAAGCCUUCAGAUAAGCCCCUCGUACAGGCUGACGUUAAAGACAAGACCCCAAUUGACAUUGGAAAACCAAUUCCAAAAGAAUAUUCUGACGAUGAAAGUGACGAAGAAUUCGGCUUCGGUAGCCAAGAAAAGCCAUCAGCUAAACCAGUUGUCGCAUUUGAGAAGCCUUCAGAUAAGCCCCUCGAACCGGCUGAUGUAAAGGACAAGUUCCCAAUUGACAUUGUGAAGCCUGUUUCUCAAGAGAAGCCUUCAGAUAAGCCCCUCGUACCUGCUGACGUUAAAGACAAGACCCCAAUUGACAUUGGAAAACCAAUUCCAAAAGAAUAUUCUGACGAUGAAAAGAAGCCUUCAGAGAAGCCCCUCGUACCGGCUGACGUAAAGGACAAGACCCCAAUUGACAUUGGAAAACCAACUCUUAAAGAAUAUUCUGACGAUGAAAGUGACGAAGAAUUCGGUUUCGGUAGCCAAGAAAAGCCAUCAGCUAAACCAGUUGUCGCAUUUGAGAAGCCUUCAGAGAAGCCCCUCGUACCGGCUGACGUAAAGGACAAGACCCCAAUUGACAUUGGAAAACCAACUCUUAAAGAAUAUUCUGACGAUGAAAGUGACGAAGAAUUCGGUUUCGGUAGCCAAGAAAAGCCAUCAGCUAAACCAGUUGUCGCAUUUGAGAAGCCUUCAGAGAAGCCCCUCGUACCGGCUGACGUUAAAGACAAGACCCCAAUUGACAUCGGAAAACCAACUCUUAAAGAAUAUUCUGACGAUGAAAAUGAUGAUAAACCAAAGCCCCUUGCUGAUAUAAAAGACGUGCCGACUCCCGUUAAAUCAGAUGAUAACCCAAAGUCUCCAUUAGACAUUGUCAAACCAGUUUCUCAAGAGAAGCCUUCAGAUAAGACCCCCAUUGACAUUGGAAAACCAAUUCUAAAAGAAUAUUCUGACGAUGAAAGUGACGAAGAAUUCGGUUUCGGUAGCCAAGAAAAGCCAUCAGCUAAACCAGUUGUCGCAUUUGGUGACAAAUCCCCAUUAAAAGAUGAUGAUAAAAUAAAGCCCCUUGCUGAUAUAAAAGACCUGCCGACUCCCAUUAAAUCAGAUGAUAAACCAAAGUCUCCAUUAGACAUUGUGAAGCCUGUUUCUCAAGAGAAGCCUUCAGAUAAGCCCCUCGAACCGGCUGAUGUAAAGGACAAGACCCCAAUUGACAUUGUGAAGCCCGUUUCUCAAGAGAAGCCUUCAGAUAAGCCCCUCGUACCGGCUGACGCAAAGGACAAGACCCUAAUUGACAUUGAAAAACCAACUCUUAAAGAAUAUUCUGACGAUGAAAGUGACGAAGAAUUCGGUUUCGGUAGCCAAGAAAAGCCAUCAGCUAAACCAGUUGUCGCAUUUGGUGACAAAUCCCCAUUGAAAGAUGAUGAUAAACCAAAGCCCCUUUCUGAUAUAAAAGACGUGUCGACUCCCAUUAAAUCAGAUGAUAAACCAAAGUCUCCAUUAGACAUUGUGAAGCCUGUUUCUCAAGAGAAGCCUUCAGAUAAGCCCCUCGUACCGGCUGACGUAAAGGACAAGACCCCAAUUGACAUUGGAAAACCAAUUCUAAAAGAAUAUUCUGACGAUGAAAGUGAGGAAGAAUACGGUUUCGGUAACCAAGAAAAACCAUCAGCUAAACCAGUUGUCGCAUUUGGUGACAAAUCCCCAUUGAAAGAUGAUGAUAAACCAAAGCCCCUUUCUGAUAUAAAAGACGUGUCGACUCCCAUUAAAUCAGAUGAUAAACCAAAGUCUCCAUUAGACAUUGUGAAGCCUGUUUCUCAAGAGAAGCCUUCAGAUAAGCCCCUCGUACCGGCUGACGUAAAGGACAAGACCCCAAUUGACAUUGGAAAACCAAUUCUAAAAGAAUAUUCUGACGAUGAAAGUGAGGAAGAAUACGGCUUCGGUAGCCAAGAAAAGCCAUCAGCUAAACCAGUUGUCGCAUUUGAGAAGCCUUCAGAGAAGCCCCUCGUACCGGCUGACGUAAAGGACAAGACCCCAAUUGACAUUGGAAAACCAACUCUUAAAGAAUAUUCUGACGAUGAAAAGAAGCCUUCAGAGAAGCCCCUCGUACCGGCUGACGUAAAGGACAAGACCCCAAUUGACAUUGGAAAACCAAUUCUAAAAGAAUAUUCUGACGAUGAAAGUGAGGAAGAAUACGGUUUCGAGAAGCCUUCAGAUAAGCCCCUCGUACCGGCUGACGUAAAGGACAAGACCCCAAUUGACAUUGGAAAACCAAUUCUAAAAGAAUAUUCUGACGAUGAAAAGAAGCCUUCAGAGAAGCCCCUCGUACCGGCUGACGUAAAGGACAAGACCCCAAUUGACAUUGGAAAACCAAUUCUAAAAGAAUAUUCUGACGAUGAAAGUGAGGAAGAAUACGGUUUCGAUGAUGAUAAACCAAAGCCCCUUUCUGAUAUAAAAGACGUGUCGACUCCCAUUAAAUCAGAUGAUAAACCAAAGUCUCCAUUAGACAUUGUCAAACCAGUUUCUCAACAGAAGCCUUCAGAUAAGACCCCCAUUGACAUUGGAAAACCAAUUCUAAAAGAAUAUUCUGACGAUGAAAAGAAGCCUUCAGAUAAGCCCCUCGUACCGGCUGACGCAAAGGACAAGACCCCAAUUGACAUUGGAAAACCAAUUCUAAAAGAAUAUUCUGACGAUGAAAAUGAUGAUAAGGCAAAGCCCCUUGCUGAUAUAAAAGACGUGUCGACUCCCAUUAAAUCAGAUGAUAAACCAAAGUCUCCAUUAGACAUUAUCAAACCUGUUCCUCAAGAGAAGCCUUCAGAUAAGCCCCUCGUACCGGCUGUCGUAAAGGACAAGACCCCAAUUGACAUUGGAAAACCAAUUCUAAAAGAAUAUUCUGACGAUGAAAGUGAGGAAGAAUACGGUUUCGAUGAUGAUAAACCAAAGCCCCUUUCUGAUAUAAAAGACGUGUCGACUCCCAUUAAAUCAGAUGAUAAACCAAAGUCUCCAUUAGACAUUGUCAAACCAGUUUCUCAACAGAAGCCUUCAGAUAAGACCCCCAUUGACAUUGGAAAACCAAUUCUAAAAGAAUAUUCUGACGAUGAAAAGAAGCCUUCAGAUAAGCCCCUCGUACCGGCUGACGCAAAGGACAAGACCCCAAUUGACAUUGGAAAACCAAUUCUAAAAGAAUAUUCUGACGAUGAAAAUGAUGAUAAGGCAAAGCCCCUUGCUGAUAUAAAAGACGUGUCGACUCCCAUUAAAUCAGAUGAUAAACCAAAGUCUCCAUUAGACAUUAUCAAACCUGUUCCUCAAGAGAAGCCUUCAGAUAAGCCCCUCGUACCGGCUGUCGUAAAGGACAAGACCCCAAUUGACAUUGGAAAACCAAUUCUAAAAGAAUAUUCUGACGAUGAAAGUGAGGAAGAAUUCGGUUUCGGUAGCCAAGAAAAGCCAUCAGCUAAACAAGCUGUCGCAUUUGGUGACAAAUCCCCAUUGAAAGAUGAUGAUGAACCAAAGCCCCUUGCUGACAUAAAAGACGUGCCGACUCUCAUUAAAUCAGAUGGUAAGCCAACGUCUCCAUUAGACAUUGUCAAACCUGUUUCUCAAGAGAAGCCUUCAGAUAAGCCCCUCGUACCGGCUGACGCAAAGGACAAGACCCCAAUAGACAUUGGAAAACCAACUCUUAAAGAAUAUUCUGACGAUGAAAGAGACGAAGAAUUCGGUUUCGGUAGCCAAGAAAAGCCAUCAGCUAAACCAGUUGUCGCAUUUGGUGACAAAUCCCCAUUGAAAGAUGAUGAUGAACCAAAGCCCCUUGCUGACAUAAAAGACGUGCCGACUCCCAUUAAAUCAGAUGAUAAACCAAAGUCUCCAUUAGACAUUGUCAAACCAGUUUCUCAAGAGAAGCCUUCAGAUAAGCCCCUCGAACCGGCUGAUGUAAAGGACAAGACCCCAAUUGACAUUGUGAAGCCUGUUUCUCAAGACAAGCCUUCAGAUAAGCCCCUCGUAGCGGCUGACGCAAAGGACAAGACCCUAAUUGACAUUGGAAAACCAAUUCUAAAAGAAUAUUCUGACGAUGAAAAGAAGCCUUCAGAUAAGCCCCUCGAACCGGCUGAUGUAAAGGACAAGACCCCAAUUGACAUUGUGAAGCCUGUUUCUCAAGAGAAGCCUUCAGAUAAGCCCCUCGUACCGGCUGAAGUAAAGGACAAGACCCCAAUUGACAUUGGAAAACCAACUCUUAAAGAAUAUUCUGACGAUGAAAAUGAUGAUAAACCAAAGCCCCUUGCUGAUAUAAAAGACGUGUCGACUCCCGUUAAAUCAGAUGAUAAACCAAAGUCUCCAUUAGACAUUGUCAAACCAGUUUCUCAAGAGAAGCCUUCAGAUAAGCCCCUCGAACCGGCUGAUGUAAAGGACAAGACCCCAAUUGACAUUGUGAAGCCUGUUUCUCAAGACAAGCCUUCAGAUAAGCCCCUCGUAGCGGCUGACGCAAAGGACAAGACCCUAAUUGACAUUGGAAAACCAAUUCUAAAAGAAUAUUCUGACGAUGAAAAGAAGCCUUCAGAUAAGCCCCUCGAACCGGCUGAUGUAAAGGACAAGACCCCAAUUGACAUUGUGAAGCCUGUUUCUCAAGAGAAGCCUUCAGAUAAGCCCCUCGUACCGGCUGAAGUAAAGGACAAGACCCCAAUUGACAUUGGAAAACCAACUCUUAAAGAAUAUUCUGACGAUGAAAAGAAGCCUUCAGAUAAGCCCCUCGUACCGGCUGACGUAAAGGACAAGACCCCAAUUGACAUUGUGAAGCCCGUUUCUCAAGAGAAGCCUUCAGAUAAGCCCCUCGUACCGGCUGACGCAAAGGACAAGACCCUAAUUGACAUUGAAAAACCAACUCUUAAAGAAUAUUCUGACGAUGAAAAGAAGCCUUCAGAUAAGACCCCCAUUGACAUUGGAAAACCAAUUCUAAAAGAAUAUUCUGACGAUGAAAGUGACGAAGAAUUCGGUUUCGGUAGCCAAGAAAAGCCAUCAGCUAAACCAGUUGUCGCAUUUGGUGACAAAUCCCCAUUAAAAGAUGAUGAUAAAAUAAAGCCCCUUGCUGAUAUAAAAGACCUGCCGACUCCCAUUAAAUCAGAUGAUAAACCAAAGUCUCCAUUAGACAUUGUGAAGCCUGUUUCUCAAGAGAAGCCUUCAGAUAAGCCCCUCGUACCGGCUGACGCAAAGGACAAGACCCUAAUUGACAUUGAAAAACCAACUCUUAAAGAAUAUUCUGACGAUGAAAGUGACGAAGAAUUCGGUUUCGGUAGCCAAGAAAAGCCAUCAGCUAAACCAGUUGUCGCAUUUGGUGACAAAUCCCCAUUGAAAGAUGAUGAUAAACCAAAGCCCCUUUCUGAUAUAAAAGACGUGUCGACUCCCAUUAAAUCAGAUGAUAAACCAAAGUCUCCAUUAGACAUUGUGAAGCCUGUUUCUCAAGAGAAGCCUUCAGAUAAGCCCCUCGUACCGGCUGACGUAAAGGACAAGACCCCAAUUGACAUUGGAAAACCAAUUCUAAAAGAAUAUUCUGACGAUGAAAGUGAGGAAGAUUACGGUUUCGGUAGCCAAGAAAAGCCAUCAGCUAAACCAGUUGUCGCAUUUGGUGACAAAUCCCCAUUGAAAGAUGAUGAUAAACCAAAGCCCCUUGCUGAUAUAAAAGACGUGUCGACUCCCGUUAAAUCAGAUGAUAAACCAAAGUCUCCAUUAGACAUUGUGAAGCCUGUUUCUCAAGAGAAGCCUUCAGAGAAGCCCCUCGUACCGGCUGACGUAAAGGACAAGACCCCAAUUGACAUUGGAAAACCAACUCUUAAAGAAUAUUCUGACGAUGAAAGUGAGGAAGAAUUCGGUUUCGGUAGCCAAGAAAAGCCAUCAGCUAAACCAGUUGUCGCAUUUGGUGACAAAUCCCCAUUGAAAGAUGAUGAUAAACCAAAGCCCCUUGCUGAUAUAAAAUACCUGCCGACUCCCAUUACAGUAGAUGAUAAACCAAAGUCUCCAUUAGACAUUGUGAAGCCUGUUUCUCAAGAGAAGCCUUCAGAGAAGCCCCUCGUACCGGCUGACGUAAAGGACAAGACCCCAAUUGACAUUGGAAAACCAAUUCUAAAAGAAUAUUCUGACGAUGAAAGUGAGGAAGAAUACGGUUUCGGUAACCAAGAAAAACCAUCAGCUAAACCAGUUGUCGCAUUUGGUGACAAAUCCCCAUUGAAAGAUGAUGAUAAACCAAAGCCCCUUUCUGAUAUAAAAGACGUGUCGACUCCCUUUAAAUCAGAUGAUAAACCAAAGUCUCCAUUAGACAUUGUGAAGCCUGUUUCUCAAGAGAAGCCUUCAGAUAAGCCCCUCGUACCGGCUGACGUAAAGGACAAGACCCCAAUUGACAUUGGAAAACCAAUUCUAAAAGAAUAUUCUGACGAUGAAAGUGAGGAAGAAUACGGUUUCGGUAGCCAAGAAAAGCCAUCAGCUAAACCAGUUGUCGCAUAUGGUGACAAAUCCCCAUUGAAAGAUGAUGAUAAACCAAAGCCCCUUGCUGAUAUAAAAGACGUGUCGACUCCCGUUAAAUCAGAUGAUAAACCAAAGUCUCCAUUAGACAUUGUGAAGCCUGUUUCUCAAGAGAAGCCUUCAGAGAAGCCCCUCGUACCGGCUGACGUAAAGGACAAGACCCCAAUUGACAUUGGAAAACCAAUUCUAAAAGAAUAUUCUGACGAUGAAAGUGAGGAAGAAAAGGGUUUCGGUAACCAAGAAAAACCAUCAGCUAAACCAGUUGUCGCAUUUGGUGACAAAUCCCCAUUGAAAGAUGAUGAUAAACCAAAGCCCCUUUCUGAUAUAAAAGACGUGUCGACUCCCAUUAAAUCAGAUGAUAAACCAAAGUCUCCAUUAGACAUUGUCAAACCAGUUUCUCAAGAGAAGCCUUCAGAUAAGACCCCCAUUGACAUUGGAAAACCAAUUCUAAAAGAAUAUUCUGACGAUGAAAGUGAGGAAGAAUUCGGUUUCGGUAGCCAAGAAAAGCCAUCAGCUAAACCAGUUGUCGCAUUUGGUGACAAGUCCCCAUUGAAAGAUGAUGAUAAGGCAAAGCCCCUUGAGAAGCCUUCAGAUAAGCCCCUCGUACCGGCUGAGUUAAAGGACAAGACCCCAAUUGACAUUGGAAAACCAAUUCUAAAAGAAUAUUCUGACGAUGAAAGUGAGGAAGAAUUCGGUUUCGGUAGCCAAGAAAAGCCAUCAGCUAAACCAGCUGUCGCAUUUGGUGACAAAUCCCCAUUGAAAGAUGAUGAUGAACCAAAGCCCCUUGCUGACAUAAAAGACGUGCCGACUCUCAUUAAAUCAGAUGGUAAGCCAACGUCUCCAUUAGACAUUGUCAAACCUGUUUCUCAAGAGAAGCCUUCAGAUAAGCCCCUCGUACCGGCUGACGCAAAGGACAAGACCCCAAUUGACAUUGGAAAACCAACUCUUAAAGAAUAUUCUGACGAUGAAAGAGACGAAGAAUUCGGUUUCGGUAGCCAAGAAAAGCCAUCAGCUAAACCAGUUGUCGCAUUUGGUGACAAAUCCCCAUUGAAAGAUGAUGAUGAACCAAAGCCCCUUGCUGACAUAAAAGACGUGCCGACUCCCAUUAAAUCAGAUGAUAAACCAAAGUCUCCAUUAGACAUUGUCAAACCAGUUUCUCAAGAGAAGCCUUCAGAUAAGCCCCUCGAACCGGCUGAUGUAAAGGACAAGACCCCAAUUGACAUUGUGAAGCCUGUUUCUCAAGACAAGCCUUCAGAUAAGCCCCUCGUAGCGGCUGACGCAAAGGACAAGACCCUAAUUGACAUUGGAAAACCAAUUCUAAAAGAAUAUUCUGACGAUGAAAAUGAUGAUAAACCAAAGCCCCUUGCUGAUAUAAAAUACCUGCCGACUCCCAUUACAGUAGAUGAUAAACCAAAGUCUCCAUUAGACAUUGUGAAGCCUGUUUCUCAAGAGAAGCCUUCAGAUAAGCCCCUCGAACCGGCUGAUGUAAAGGACAAGACCCCAAUUGACAUUGUGAAGCCUGUUUCUCAAGAGAAGCCUUCAGAUAAGCCCCUCGUACCGGCUGAAGUAAAGGACAAGACCCCAAUUGACAUUGGAAAACCAACUCUUAAAAAAUAUUCUGACGAUGAAAGUGAGGAAGAAUUCGGUUUCGGUAGCCAAGAAAAGCCACCAGCUAAACCAUUUGUCGCAUUUGGUGACAAAUCCCCAUUGAAAGAUGAUGAUAAACCAAAGCCCCUUGCUGAUAUAAAAGACCUGCCGACUCCCAUUAAGGUAGAUGAUAAACCAAAGUCUCCAUUAGACAUUGUGAAGCCUGUUUCUCAACAGAAGCCUUCAGAUAAGCCCCUCGUACCGGCUGACGUAAAGGACAAGACCCCAAUUGACAUUGGAAAACCAACUCUUAAAGAAUAUUCUGACGAUGAAAGUGACGAAGAAUUCGGUUUCGGUAGCCAAGAAAAGCCAUCAGCUAAACCAGCUGUCGCAUUUGGUGACAAAUCCCCAUUAAAAGAUGAUAAAAUAAAGCCCCUUGCUGAUAUGAAAGACCUGCCGACUCCCAUUAAGGUAGAUGAUAAACCAAAGUCUCCAUUAGACAUUGUGAAGCCUGUUUCUCAAGAGAAGCCUUCAGAUAAGCCCCUCGUACCGGCUGACGUAAAGGACAAGACCCCCAUUGACAUUGGAAAACCAAUUCCAAAAGAAUAUUCCGACGAUGAAAGUGAGGAAGAAUACGGUUUCGGUAGCCAAGAAAAGCCAUCAGCUAAACCAGUUGUCGCAUUUGGUGACAAAUCCCCAUUGAAAGAUGAUGAUAAAAUAAAACCCCAUUCUGACAUAAAAGACCUGCCGACUCCCAUUAAGGUAAAUGAUAAACCAAAGUCUCCAUUAGACAUUGUGAAGCCUGUUUCUCAAGAGAAGCCUUCAGAUAAGCCCCUCGUACCGGCUGACGUUAAAGACAAGACCCCAAUUGACAUUGGAAAACCAAUUCCAAAAGAAUAUUCUGACGAUGAAAAUGAUGAUAAGCCAAAGCCCCUUUCUGAUAUAAAAUACCUGCCGACUCCCAUUACAGUAGAUGGUAAACCAAAGUCUCCAUUAGACAUUGUCAAACCAGUUUCUCAAGAGAAGCCUUCAGAUAAGACCCCCAUUGACAUUGGAAAACCAAUUCUAAAAGAAUAUUCUGACGAUGAAAGUGAGGGAGAAUUCGGUUUCGGUAGCCAAGAAAAGCCAUCAGCUAAACCAGUUGUCGCAUUUGGUGACAAAUCCCCAUUGAAAGAUGAUGAUAAACCAAAGCCCCUUGCUGAUAUAAAAGACGUGUCGACUCCCGUUAAAUCAGAUGAUAAACCAAAGUCUCCAUUAGACAUUGUGAAGCCUGUUUCUCAAGAGAAGCCUUCAGAGAAGCCCCUCGUACCGGCUGACGUAAAGGACAAGACCCCAAUUGACAUUGGAAAACCAAUUCUAAAAGAAUAUUCUCACGAUGAAAGUGAGGAAGAAUACGGUUUCGGUAGCCAAGAAAAACCAUCAGCUAAACCAGUUGUCGCAUUUGGUGACAAAUCCCCAUUGAAAGAUGAUGAUAAACCAAAGCCCCUUGCUGAUAUAAAAGACCUGCCGACUCCCAUUAAGGUAGAUGAUAAACCAAAGUCUCCAUUAGACAUUGUGAAGCCUGUUUCUCAAGAGAAGCCUUCAGAUAAGCCCCUCGUACCGGCUGACGUAAAGGACAAGACCCCAAUUGACAUUGGAAAACCAACUCUUAAAGAAUAUUCUGACGAUGAAAGUGACGAAGAAUUCGGUUUCGGUAGCCAAGAAAAGCCAUCAGCUAAACCAGUUGUCGCAUUUGGUGACAAAUCCCCAUUAAAAGAUGAUGAUAAAAUAAAACCCCUUUCUGACAUGAAAGACCUGCCGACUCCCAUUAAGGUAGAUGAUAAACCAAAGUCUCCAGUGGACAUUGUGAAGCCUCUUUCUCAAGAGAAGCCUUCAGAUAAGUCCCUCGUACCGGCUGACGUUAAAGACAAGACCCCAAUUGACAUCGGAAAACCAAUUCCAAAAGAAUAUUCUGACGAUGAAAGUGACGAAGAAUUCGGCUUCGGUAGCCAAGAAAAGCCAUCAGCUAAACCAGUUGUCGCAUUUGGUGACAAAUCUCCAUUCAAAGAUGAUGAUAAGCCAAAGCCCCUUUCUGAUAUAAAAUACCUGCCGACUCCCAUUACAGUAGAUGAUAAACCAAAGUCUCCAAUAGACAUUGUCAAACCAGUUUCUCAAGAGAAGCCUUCAGAUAAGACCCCCAUUGACAUUGGAAAACCAAUUCUAAAAGAAUAUUCUGACGAUGAAAGUGACGAAGAAUUCGGUUUCGGUAGCCAAGAAAAGCCAUCAGCUAAACCAGUUGUCGCAUUUGGUGACAAAUCCCCAUUGAAAGAUGAUGAUAAACCAAAGCCCCUUUCUGACAUAAAAGACCUGCCGACUCCCAUUAAGGUAGAUGAUAAACCAAAGUCUCCAGUGGACAUAGUGAAGCUUCUUUCUCAAGAGAAGCCUUCAGAUAAGCCCCUCGUACCGGCAGACGUUAAAGACAAGACCCCAAUUGACAUUGGAAAACCAAUUCUAAAAGAAUAUUCUGACGAUGAAAGUGACGAAGAAUUCGGUUUCGGUAGCCAAGAAAAGCCAUCAGCUAAACCAGUUGUCGCAUUUGGUGACAAAUCUCCAUUGAAAGAUGAUGAUAAACCAAAACCCCUUGCUGAUAUAAAAGACCUGCCGACUCCCAUUAUAGUAGAUGAUAAGCCAAAGUCUCCAGUAGACAUUGUGAAGCCUGUUUCUCAAGAGAAACCUUCAGAUAAGACCCUCGUACCGGCUGACGCAAUGGACAAAACCCCAAUUGACAUUGGAAAACCAAUUCUAAAAGAAUAUUCUGACGAUGAAAGUGACGAAGAAUUCGGUUUCGGUAGCCAAGAAAAGCCAUCAGCUAAACCAGUUGUCGCAUUUGGUGACAAAUCCCCAUUGAAAGAUGAUGAUAAACCAAAGCCCCUUUCUGAUAUAAAAGACGUGUCGACUCCCAUUAAAUCAGAUGAUAAACCAAAGUCUCCAUUAGACAUUGUGAAGCCUGUUUCUCAAGAGAAGCCUUCAGAUAAGCCCCUCGUACCGGCUGACGUUAAAGGCAAGACCCCAAUUGUCAUUGGAAAACCAAUUCUAAAAGAAUAUUCUGACGAUGAAAGUGACGAAGAAUUCGGUUUCGGUAGCCAAGAAAAGCCAUCAGCUAAACCAGUUGUCGCAUUUGGUGACAAAUCCCCAUUAAAAGAUGAUGAUAAAAUAAAACCCCUUUCUGACAUAAAAGACCUGCCGACUCCCAUUAAGGUAGAUGAUAAACCAAAGUCUUCAGUGGACAUAGUGAAGCCUCUUUCUCAAGAGAAGCCUUCAGAUAAGCCCCUCGUACCGGCAGACGUUAAAGACAAGACCCCAAUUGACAUUGGAAAACCAAUUCCAAAAGAAUAUUCUGACGAUGAAAGUGACGAAGAAUUCGGCUUCGGUAGCCAAGAAAAGCCAUCAGCUAAACCAGUUGUCGCAUUUGGUGACAAAUCCCCAUUCAAAGAUGAUGAUAAGCCAAAGCCCCUUUCUGAUAUAAAAUACCUGCCGACUCCCAUUACAGUAGAUGAUAAACCAAAGUCUCCAUUAGACAUUGUCAAACCAGUUUCUCAAGAGAAGCCUUCAGAUAAGACCCCCAUUGACAUUGGAAAACCAAUUCUAAAAGAAUAUUCUGACGAUGAAAGUGACGAAGAAUUCGGUUUCGGUAGCCAAGAAAAGCCAUCAGCUAAACCAGUUGUCGCAUUUGGUGACAAAUCCCCAUUGAAAGAUGAUGAUAAACCAAAGCCCCUUGCUGAUAUAAAAGACGUGUUGACUCCCGUUAAAUCAGAUGAUAAACCAAAGUCUCCAUUAGACAUUGUGAAGCCUGUUUCUCAAGAGAAGCCUUCAGAGAAGCCCCUCGUACCGGCUGACGUAAAGGACAAGACCCCAAUUGACAUUGGAAAACCAAUUCUAAAAGAAUAUUCUCACGAUGAAAGUGAGGAAGAAUACGGUUUCGGUAGCCAAGAAAAACCAUCAGCUAAACCAGUUGUCGCAUUUGGUGACAAAUCCACAUUGAAAGAUGAUGAUAAACCAAAGCCCCUUGCUGAUAUAAAAGACGUGUCGACUCCCAUUAAAUCAGAUGAUAAACCAAAGUCUCCAUUAGACAUUGUGAAGCCUGUUUCUCAAGAGAAGCCUUCAGAUAAGCCCCUCGUACCGGCUGACGUAAAGGACAAGACCCCAAUUGACAUUGGAAAACCAACUCUUAAAGAAUAUUCUGACGAUGAAAGUGAGGAAGAAUUCGGUUUCGGUAGCCAAGAAAAGCCAUCAGCUAAACCAGUUGUCGCAUUUGGUGACAAAUCUUCAUUGAAAGAUGAUGACAAACCAAUCCCUCUUGCUGACAUAAAAGACGUGCCGACUCCCAUUAAGGUAGAUGAUAAACCAAAGUCUCCAUUAGACAUUGUCAAACCAGUUUCUCAAGAGAAGCCUUCAGAUAAGCCCCUCGUACCGGCUGACGUAAAAGACAAGACCCCAAUUGACAUUGGAAAACCAAUUCUAAAAGAAUAUUCUGACGAUGAAAGUGAGGAAGAAUACGGUUUCGGUAGCCAAGAAAAGCCAUCAGCUAAACCAGUUGUCGCAUUUGGUGACAAAUCUCCAUUGAAAGAUGAUGAUAAACCAAAACCCCUUUCUGAUAUAAAAUACCUGCCGACUCCCAUUACAGUAGAUGAUAAACCAAAGUCUCCAUUAGACAUUGUCAAACCAGUUUCUCAAGAGAAGCCUUCAGAUAAGACCCCCAUUGACAUUGGAAAACCAAUUCUAAAAGAAUAUUCUGACGAUGAAAGUGAGGAAGAAUUCGGUUUCGGUAGCCAAGAAAAGCCAUCAGCUAAACCAGUUGUCGCAUUUGGUGACAAGUCCCCAUUGAAAGAUGAUGAUAAGGCAAAGCCCCUUGCUGAUAUAAAAGACGUUUCGACUCCCAUUACAUCAGAUGAUAAACCAAAGUCUCCAUUAGACAUUGUGAAGCCUGUUUCUCAAGAGAAGCCUUCAGAUAAGCCCCUCGUACCGGCUGACGUUAAAGACAAGACCCCAAUUGUCAUUGGAAAACCAAUUCCAAAAGAAUAUUCUGACGAUGAAAGUGACGAAGAAUUCGGUUUCGGUAGCCAAGAAAAGCCAUCAGCUAAACCAGUUGUCGCAUUUGGUGACAAAUCCCCAUUGAAAGAUGAUGAUAAGGCAAAGCCCCUUGCUGAUAUAAAAUACGUUUCGACUCCCAUUACAUCAGAUGAUAAACCAAAGUCUCCAUUAGACAUUGUGAAGCCUGUUUCUCAAGAGAAGCCUUCAGAUAAGCCCCUCGUACCGGCUGACGUAAAGGACAAGACCCCAAUUGACAUUGGAAAACCAACUCUUAAAGAAUAUUCUGACGAUGAAAGUGGCGAAGAAUUCGGUUUCGGUAGCCAAGAAAAGCCAUCAGCUAAACCAGUUGUCGCAUUUGGUGACAAAUCCCCAUUAAAAGAUGAUGAUAAAAUAAAACCCCUUUCUGACAUAAAAGACCUGCCGACUCCCAUUAAGGUAGAUGAUAAACCAAAGUCUCCAGUGGACAUAGUGAAGCCUCUUUCUCAAGAGAAGCCUUCAGAUAAGCCCCUCGUACCGGCAGACGUUAAAGACAAGACCCCAAUUGACAUUGGAAAACCAAUUCCAAAAGAAUAUUCUGACGAUGAAAGUGACGAAGAAUUCGGCUUCGGUAGCCAAGAAAAGCCAUCAGCUAAACCAGUUGUCGCAUUUGGUGACAAAUCCCCAUUCAAAGAUGAUGAUAAGCCAAAGCCCCUUUCUGAUAUAAAAUACCUGCCGACUCCCAUUAAAUCAGAUGAUAAACCAAAGUCUCCAUUAGACAUUGUGAAGCCUGUUUCUCAAGAGAAGCCUUCAGAUAAGCCCCUCGUACCGGCUGACGUAAAGGACAAGACCCCAAUUGACAUUGGAAAACCAACUCUUAAAGAAUAUUCUGACGAUGAAAGUGAGGAAGAAUUCGGUUUCGGUAGCCAAGAAAAGCCAUCAGCUAAACCAGUUGUCGCAUUUGGUGACAAAUCCCCAUUGAAAGAUGAUGACAAACCAAUCCCUCUUGCUGACAUAAAAGACGUGCCGACUCCCAUUAAGGUAGAUGAUAAACCAAAGUCUCCAUUAGACAUUGUGAAGCCUGUUUCUCAAGAGAAGCCUUCAGAUAAGCCCCUCGUACCGGCUGACGUAAAAGACAAGACCCCAAUUGACAUUGGAAAACCAAUUUUAAAAGAAUAUUCUGACGAUGAAAGUGAGGAAGAAUACGGUUUCGGUAGCCAAGAAAAGCCAUCAGCUAAACCAGUUGUCGCAUUUGGUGACAAAUCUCCAUUGAAAGAUGAUGAUAAACCAAAACCCCUUUCUGAUAUAAAAUACCUGCCGACUCCCAUUACAGUAGAUGAUAAACCAAAGUCUCCAUUAGACAUUGUCAAACCAGUUUCUCAAGAGAAGCCUUCAGAUAAGACCCCCAUUGACAUUGGAAAACCAAUUCUAAAAGAAUAUUCUGACGAUGAAAGUGAGGAAGAAUUCGGUUUCGGUAGCCAAGAAAAGCCAUCAGCUAAACCAGUUGUCGCAUUUGGUGACAAAUCUCCAUUGAAAGAUGAUGAUAAACCAAAACCCCUUUCUGAUAUAAAAUACCUGCCGACUCCCAUUACAGUAGAUGAUAAACCAAAGUCUCCAUUAGACAUUGUCAAACCAGUUUCUCAAGAGAAGCCUUCAGAUAAGACCCCCAUUGACAUUGGAAAACCAAUUCUAAAAGAAUAUUCUGACGAUGAAAGUGAGGAAGAAUUCGGUUUCGGUAGCCAAGAAAAGCCAUCAGCUAAACCAGUUGUCGCAUUUGGUGACAAAUCCCCAUUGAAAGAUGAUGAUAAACCAAAGCCCCUUGCUGAUAUAAAAGACGUGUCGACUCCCAUUAAAUCAGAUGAUAAACCAAAGUCUCCAUUAGACAUUGUGAAGCCUGUUUCUCAAGAGAAGCCUUCAGAGAAGCCCCUCGUACCGGCUGACGUAAAGGGCAAGACCCCAAUUGACAUUGGAAAACCAAUUCUAAAAGAAUAUUCUGACGAUGAAAGUGAGGAAGAAUACGGUUUCGGUAGCCAAGAAAAACCAUCAGCUAAACCAGUUGUCGCAUUUGGUGACAAAUCCCCAUUGAAAGAUGAUGAUAAACCAAAGCCCCUUGCUGAUAUAAAAGACGUGUCGACUCCCAUUAAAUCAGAUGAUAAACCAAAGUCUCCAUUAGACAUUGUGAAGCCUGUUUCUCAAGAGAAGCCUUCAGAUAAGCCCCUCGUACCGGCUGACGUAAAGGACAAGACCCCAAUUGACAUUGGAAAACCAACUCUUAAAGAAUAUUCUGACGAUGAAAGUGACGAAGAAUUCGGUUUCGGUAGCCAAGAAAAGCCAUCAGCUAAACCAGUUGUCGCAUUUGGUGACAAAUCCCCAUUAAAAGAUGAUGAUAAAAUAAAACCCCUUUCUGACAUAAAAGACCUGCCGACUCCCAUUAAGGUAGAUGAUAAACCAAAGUCUCCAGUGGACAUAGUGAAGCCUCUUUCUCAAGAGAAGCCUUCAGAUAAGCCCCUCGUACCGGCAGACGUUAAAGACAAGACCCCAAUUGACAUUGGAAAACCAAUUCCAAAAGAAUAUUCUGACGAUGAAAGUGACGAAGAAUUCGGCUUCGGUAGCCAAGAAAAGCCAUCAGCUAAACCAGUUGUCGCAUUUGGUGACAAAUCCCCAUUCAAAGAUGAUGAUAAGCCAAAGCCCCUUUCUGAUAUAAAAUACCUGCCGACUCCCAUUAAAUCAGAUGAUAAACCAAAGUCUCCAUUAGACAUUGUGAAGCCUGUUUCUCAAGAGAAGCCUUCAGAUAAGCCCCUCGUACCGGCUGACGUAAAGGACAAGACCCCAAUUGACAUUGGAAAACCAACUCUUAAAGAAUAUUCUGACGAUGAAAGUGAGGAAGAAUUCGGUUUCGGUAGCCAAGAAAAGCCAUCAGCUAAACCAGUUGUCGCAUUUGGUGACAAAUCCCCAUUGAAAGAUGAUGACAAACCAAUCCCUCUUGCUGACAUAAAAGACGUGCCGACUCCCAUUAAGGUAGAUGAUAAACCAAAGUCUCCAUUAGACAUUGUGAAGCCUGUUUCUCAAGAGAAGCCUUCAGAUAAGCCCCUCGUACCGGCUGACGUAAAAGACAAGACCCCAAUUGACAUUGGAAAACCAAUUUUAAAAGAAUAUUCUGACGAUGAAAGUGAGGAAGAAUACGGUUUCGGUAGCCAAGAAAAGCCAUCAGCUAAACCAGUUGUCGCAUUUGGUGACAAAUCUCCAUUGAAAGAUGAUGAUAAACCAAAACCCCUUUCUGAUAUAAAAUACCUGCCGACUCCCAUUACAGUAGAUGAUAAACCAAAGUCUCCAUUAGACAUUGUCAAACCAGUUUCUCAAGAGAAGCCUUCAGAUAAGACCCCCAUUGACAUUGGAAAACCAAUUCUAAAAGAAUAUUCUGACGAUGAAAGUGAGGAAGAAUUCGGUUUCGGUAGCCAAGAAAAGCCAUCAGCUAAACCAGUUGUCGCAUUUGGUGACAAAUCCCCAUUGAAAGAUGAUGAUAAACCAAAGCCCCUUGCUGAUAUAAAAGACGUGUCGACUCCCAUUAAAUCAGAUGAUAAACCAAAGUCUCCAUUAGACAUUGUGAAGCCUGUUUCUCAAGAGAAGCCUUCAGAGAAGCCCCUCGUACCGGCUGACGUAAAGGGCAAGACCCCAAUUGACAUUGGAAAACCAAUUCUAAAAGAAUAUUCUGACGAUGAAAGUGAGGAAGAAUACGGUUUCGGUAGCCAAGAAAAACCAUCAGCUAAACCAGUUGUCGCAUUUGGUGACAAAUCCCCAUUGAAAGAUGAUGAUAAACCAAAGCCCCUUGCUGAUAUAAAAGACGUGUCGACUCCCAUUAAAUCAGAUGAUAAACCAAAGUCUCCAUUAGACAUUGUGAAGCCUGUUUCUCAAGAGAAGCCUUCAGAUAAGCCCCUCGUACCGGCUGACGUAAAGGACAAGACCCCAAUUGACAUUGGAAAACCAAUUCUAAAAGAAUAUUCUGACGAUGAAAGUGAGGAAGAAUACGGUUUCGGUAGCCAAGAAAAGCCAUCAGCUAAAACAGUUGUCGCAUUUGGUGACAAAUCCCCAUUGAAAGAUGAUGAUAAGCCAAAGGCCCUUGAUGAUAUAAAAGACGUGUCGACUCCCAUUAAAUCAGAUGAUAAACCAAAGUCUCCAUUAGACAUUGUCAAAGUUUCUCAAGAGAAGCCUUCAGAUAAGCCCCUCGUACCGGCUGACGUAAAAGACAAGACCCCAAUUGACAUUGGAAAACCAAUUUUAAAAGAAUAUUCUGACGAUGAAAGUGACGAAGAAUUCGGUUUCGGUAGCCAAGAAAAGCCAUCAGCUAAACCAGUUGUCGCAUUUGGUGACAAAUCCCCAUUGAAAGCUGAUGAUAAACCAAAGCCAGUUGCUGAUAUAAAAGACGUGUCGACUCCCAUUAAAUCAGAUGAUAAACCAAAGUCUCCAUUAGACAUUGUGAAGCCUGUUUCUCAAGAGAAGCCUUCAGAUAAGACCCCCAUUGACAUUGGAAAACCAAUUCUAAAAGAAUAUUCUGACGAUGAAAGUGAGGAAGAAUUCGGUUUCGGUAGCCAAGAAAAGCCAUCAGCUAAACCAGUUGUCGCAUUUGGUGACAAAUCCCCAUUGAAAGAUGGUGAUAAACCAAAGCCCCUUGCUGAUAUAAAAGACGUGUCGACUCCCGUUAAAUCAGAUGAUAAACCAAAGUCUCCAUUAGACAUUGUGAAGCCUGUUUCUCAAGAGAAGCCUUCAGAGAAGGCCCUCGUACCGGCUGACGUAAAGGGCAAGACCCCAAUUGACAUUGGAAAACCAAUUCUAAAAGAAUAUUCUCACGAUGAAAGUGAGGAAGAAUACGGUUUCGGUAGCCAAGAAAAACCAUCAGCUAAACCAGUUGUCGCAUUUGGUGACAAAUCCCCAUUGAAAGAUGAUUAUAAACCAAAGCCCCUUGCUGAUAUAAAAGACCUGCCGACUCCCAUUAAGGUAGAUGAUAAACCAAAGUCUCCAUUAGACAUUGUGAAGCCUGUUUCUCAAGAGAAGCCUUCAGAUAAGCCCCUCGUACCGGCUGACGUAAAGGACAAGACCCCAAUUGGCAUUGGAAAACCAACUCUUAAAGAAUAUUCUGACGAUGAAAGUGACGAAGAAUUCGGUUUCGGUAGCCAAGAAAAGCCAUCAGCUAAACCAGCUGUCGCAUUUGGUGACAAAUCCCCAUUAAAAGAUGAUGAUAAAAUAAAGCCCCUUUAUGAUAUAAAAGACCUGCCGACUCCCAUUAAGGUAGAUGAUAAACCAAAGUCUCCAUUAGACAUUGUGAAGCCUGUUUCUCAAGAGAAGCCUUCAGAUAAGCCCCUCGUUCCUGCUGACGUAAAGGACAAGACCCCAAUUGACAUUGGAAAACCAACUCUUAAAGAAUAUUCUGACGAUGAAAGUGAGGAAGAAUUCGGUUUCGGUAGCCAAGAAAAGCCAUCAGCUAAACCAGUUGUCGCAUUUGGUGACAAAUCCCCAUUGAAAGAUGAUGACAAACCAAUCCCUCUUGCUGACAUAAAAGACGUGCCGACUCCCAUUAAGGUAGAUGAUAAACCAAAGUCUCCAUUAGACAUUGUCAAACCAGUUUCUCAAGAGAAGCCUUCAGAUAAGCCCCUCGGACCGGCUGACGUAAAAGACAAGACCCCAAUUGACAUUGGAAAACCAAUUUUAAAAGAAUAUUCUGACGAUGAAAGUGAGGAAGAAUACGGUUUCGGUAGCCAAGAAAAGCCAUCAGCUAAACCAGUUGUCGCAUUUGGUGACAAAUCUCCAUUGAAAGAUGAUGAUAAACCAAAACCCCUUUCUGAUAUAAAAUACCUGCCGACUCCCAUUACAGUAGAUGAUAAACCAAAGUCUCCAUUAGACAUUGUCAAACCAGUUUCUCAAGAGAAGCCUUCAGAUAAGACCCCCAUUGACAUUGGAAAACCAAUUCUAAAAGAAUAUUCUGACGAUGAAAGUGAGGAAGAAUUCGGUUUCGGUAGCCAAGAAAAGCCAUCAGCUAAACCAGUUGUCGCAUUUGGUGACAAAUCCCCAUUGAAAGAUGAUGAUAAACCAAAGCCCCUUGCUGAUAUAAAAGACGUGUCGACUCCCGUUAAAUCAGAUGAUAAACCAAAGUCUCCAUUAGACAUUGUGAAGCCUGUUUCUCAAGAGAAGCCUUCAGAGAAGCCCCUCGUACCGGCUGACGUAAAGGACAAGACCCCAAUUGACAUUGGAAAACCAAUUCUAAAAGAAUAUUCUGACGAUGAAAGUGAGGAAGAAUACGGUUUCGGUAGCCAAGAAAAACCAUCAGCUAAACCAGUUGUCGCAUUUGGUGACAAAUCCCCAUUGAAAGAUGAUGAUAAACCAAAGCCCCUUGCUGAUAUAAAAGACGUGUCGACUCCCAUUAAAUCAGAUGAUACACCAAAGUCUCCAUUAGACAUUGUCAAACCAGUUUCUCAAGAGAAGCCUUCAGAUAAGCCCCUCGUACCGGCUGACGUAAAGGACAAGACCCCAAUUGACAUUGGAAAACCAAUUUUAAAAGAAUAUUCUGACGAUGAAAGUGACGAAGAAUUCGGUUUCGGUAGCCAAGAAAAGCCAUCAGCUAAACCAAUUGUCGCAUUUGGUGACAAAUCCUCAUUGAAAGAUGACGAUAAACCAAAGCCCCUUGCUGAUAUAAAAGACGUGUCGACUCCCAUUAAAGUAGAUGAUAAACCAAAGUCUCCAGUGGACAUUGUGAAGCCUCUUUCUCAAGAGAAGCCUUCAGAUAAGCCCCUCGUACCGGCUGACGUUAAGGACAAGACCCCAAUUGACAUUGGAAAACCAAUUCUAAAAGAAUAUUCUGACGAUGAAAGUGACGAAGAAUUCGGUUUUGGUAGCCAAGAAAAGCCAUCAGCUAAACCAGUUGUCGCAUUUGGUGACAAAUCCCCAUUGAAAGAUGAUGAUAAACCAAUGCCCCUUUCUGACAUAAAAGAGCUGCCGACUCCCAUUAAAGUACAUGAGAAACCAAAGUGUCCAUUGGACAUCGCUAGAUCUGUUCCUUUAGAAAAGCCUUCAGAAAGCGUUAAGGAUUUCGUAAUUGGUAAUCAAGAAGAAUCUCUUGGAAUUUGCGACAAUAAUGAGUAUAAUGCUGAAAGGACUGUUCAGCAGAUUGUUGAAGACACAUUAAGAGCAGGGGACGCCGAAGUGCAAAAGAUUGUGAGUGAUACUCUCAAGACAGUACAAAUACAGAAGCAAUGGGAAUUAGAACGCGAUCGCAGUGUUAGCCAAAUAGUGGAAGAGACGUUAAGAAGUGUUAGUGCAGAUUUGAGAGAAAAUGUUGAUGAAAAACAAAAUGUUGAUGAAAUAAUGAAAGAAAAAUCCAUUAGCUCAAAGGUAGUUGGGUCUGAAGGCAAGGAUGUUCGGCCGAUCGCGUAUUUUGUCAACCUUGAAGAUGAAAAUAAGCUAAAAGCUCCAGUGAAAAGAAGUCUCCCCGCGAAACAGAUUAUUGAAAAAAAGAAUGUUCAAAAAUCUAAACUGCUUAAGUCAACUGGUACUGAUUUAAAAAUUAAAAAACUAAGAGAUUCGUCAAAUAAUGUUACACUAUCACAUAAAAUGCAAAAUAUAAAAACUACUGAAAAGAAUGUUAAGCAAAAAAGUGAUUCUAAGGUCUUGUCACAUUCGCAAACCAAACAAAAAACUUCAACAACUAGUCAAACGUCUUUAAGAAAGCAAAAUAUAUCUGCUAAGACCGAUUCAAGGAGAUCUGUUACAAGCUCUACCUCCACAACGGCUAGCUCAGCUUCUGCCACUAGCCGUAUUAUAAGUGAAAUUCAUUUUGAGAGAUCUUCUAGUCCCGCAUCAAGUUCUAUAUUUUAUGAAAGUCAUACUCAAGGUGAAAGCAGUCGGUCAACAACCCCCAGACCUAGGGUUAAAACUGAUGUUACCAGAAUACCCUACAACGCCUCAAUUCGGUCACUAAGUCCACUACCAAAAACUACAAAGACAAAAGUAAUGAGUACCGAGAAACAAGAUAUUACAAAACAAAAAAGGAGAGUAAAUGUUAAGGAAACUAAAAAAGUGAGAAGUGAAAAAACAGCCACCCAGACUGUAGAAUCUAAAAAAAUUAUAAUACAAAUGCCAGCAGGAACUCACAGAUAUAUGCAGCCAACGCUAGCUCACAACAUGCGUUGCGGUCUUGUUGCGGAGCCUGAUAGUCGAAGUACUACACCAGCACCGACGAAAUCACCAGCUCCACCUCGAUCUCCAGCUCCAACCAAAACAAAAAAUAUCCAGAAAACACAACACGUUAAAAGUGCCUUCACAAAAACCACAUCAAUUGAACGAAAACAAAUGAAAGUUACUAGCGAUAAGCAAGCUGCUCUAGCGAAGAAAAGUUCCCACACGGAAAGUAAAGAGUCCUUAUUGAGUACAGAACGCCUAUACAAGAGACAAGCAUCUAAAGAAAAUAAACAAGCAAACGUGAUAGGCUCUAGGAGCCAAAUAACUAAGAGCAUGACUACACAAUCAGCUAAUGUUAACAAAACCAUUGCCUACAAAACUUCCAUAGAAAUUGAAAACAAAUUGGCCACAAGCCAUCAGAAAAAAACUACAAUUCAGCGCACCAAAGUUCCAAUUAGCGCGUCUUCCAAAACAAGGACUGCAGCUAAACUAAGUAGCAAAAGUGAUGAAACCGUAACAAAACCUCAGGUAGAUAAUAAGAAACCCGUUAAGCGUACUCUAAAUAAGGCAAGCGUCGAUAGCCGUAUGGAAAGCAAGAAAACUACCAGCCAUACCAUAAUGCGUGCCUCAGUAGAGCCGAAGCUACAGAAGCAGAUGAAAGAUUCCAUUAACGAAUCGAGCACAACAGGCAGUGGCAGCACCAGCGCCAGUGGUUCCUCCAAUAGCACACGGCGAAGCGUGCGUUCGGUGACGUCCACACGCAAAUCAGAAAAAGAGAUGACCAACAUUAAGUUAUCGGAGAAGAAGGCCAGUGUUAGUUCUACCAGCAGCAUUGGAAGCGUGUCAACGGUGCGUGUGCACAGGGAACCUAUUGCUACAACCAGCGCUGUUAGCACCGUGCUUGUUGAUGAUGACUCCGAGGUGAUAACCAUACGUUCCAUAAAAUCAAGUGAUAGUACAAAAAGCUCUACCUCAUCAUCCUCCGGUAGCGGCAGCAACAGUCGCAAGGUUCUAACCAGUGAAGUUUUCACUAAAACCCUUGGCCCUGAUAAGCCCCUUGAAGUUGUGUACCGUCAGCCAGAUAUUGAUGCCGAACUACCGAUUGCAAUGCGACCGCAAUCCAGGGGCGAACACCAACGCUGUAUAAAUGAAUUUGACGUCAGUUUUAUCGAUACCACCGACUCCAGCCUUUCCGAUUCAGUUGCACUGCCUAUGUUUGGAGCUGGUGACCCAGAGCGUUUACUGGCUGCCAGUCCGGGCUCUCCCAAGCCCACACGUAGUCCUUUAGCUUUGAUUGAGGAGACGCUGCGACGUCAGCAACACCAGCAGCAUCAUCAGCACCAUCAGCAUCAUAUAUCUGCAACAAGUGUUGCCCAUGACUCGUCCCUUCAUAUGCAAGUGGAGAGCAGCGGCAUUGUAGUGGUCAGUGAAACCCAACUGGACACUCAGGUGGAGAAGAGCAGUACAACAAAAGAAACUGUUCAAGAGAAAACAAUUGACUUAUCCGUUUUGCAAAGCGACCUACCAUCACAAAAAAUUGAUGAUGUUAAAGUUGGUGUUGGUGGUGGUGAUAAUGGUGAUAAUGGUGAUGACGAAGAUCUCGUUGCACGCAUACGCGAGGAAGCCAAAAUUCUAGUCGAUCGUGUGCUCGAAGAGAGUGUUGAGAUAAUUGAAAGCCAUGGCCUGCAAGAGCAGCCCAAUGGACACGAUUCAAUAAGACAAGAAUACAAUUCCGAAAGUGAAAACUAUGCCAUUACAUGCGAUGAUAUUGGCGGUGUUGAGGUGAUCAAGUCGCCAACCAUUGAGUCCAUGUCUGGCAAAUCAUUCGAUGACAAUAUGAGUUUCACCGAUGAGCACAUACAUUUACCCUUGCAUGUCCAAAACAUAACAGCGACAACCACCACAGUAACUACACAAUUUCAACAGCAGCAACAACAACAACAACAACCGCUACCCACUGCUCCUCCGACUACAACAACAACGACAUCAAAAGUGCUUAAGCAAGUUGAAGACAAAUCCGCUGUACAAACUAGACGCCUCGAGCGAAAAAUUGAAAAGCUAUCCACCGAUCUGGAUGAUAUAGGCGCCCAGGUGGCCCAAUUUGAUGAGACAUUUGAAACGGUUGUGCAAGAGGAUGAGAUUAGCGCAUUACAGGGCGACUUCUCAAAGCUGAGUUGGGACGAUAGUUUGUCACCAACAACCAACACAUUAGCCGAUAUGGCACAGAACCAAAUUACGCCCGACAAUGAUAUACAAGACUUGGCAGCAGAAACAGGCGGCGAUAUACCAAUCUCAACAGAUACCACACCCGUACCACCGCCUGCCACUGCUGCCGUAACAGGUACAACAACAACCGCAGCUGAAACGGUGGCAGAUUCCAGUACAAUCACAUCAUCCAGCCACGACACACCCACACCAAAGCCACGCGUACUCAAAGCAAGCACCCCCGUCUCCGAAGGCACCGAAAGCACAACCAUUCCAACUCAACAACAGCAACAACAGCCCGACUUACCAGUUGACAUAAGUGUUGAUGCCGGCACUCCGGUGCCCAAGCCCCGUGCUCCAAUCAAGCACUCGGACUCCUUCAAGAACCUAGCAGCAUUAGGAGAACAGUCCGAUAGCGUUAGCCUACGUAGCUUAGAUUUUACAGAGGACCUCUCAAAGACAGAUGAACCCUCUACAGAACUGUCAAUCCGAUCGCAACAACGCGAUGUGAUCACAACAACAGCCACCACCACUGCCUCUGAAGAUCGCACCGAAAGCUUUGAGCCGACUAGCGAAAUAUCAGGAGAUGAUGCAGAUACUGAAAAGUCGGAAGGUGUUGAAAAGACCACCAGCUUUUAUAUUGGAGAAUCGAGUCGCAAUGUCAUUACCAAGACUACAACGAAAUCACCAAGUCUUACACCGCAAGAUGAGGAAGUUAGACUGGAUAUUGACGCCAAAGAUAUAUCCCUCAUGAAAGAAGUUUCCGUUGAUUCCGACGAAGCGAACGAUGUGUUCAAGGAAUACGUGACAAUGAAGCGUGAUGACGCACCUGCAGUCGAUAGUAAAAUAGUAAGACAGGGUUCGGAAACUAGAAAUGAUCUUUUGGAAUUUGAAAGCUCUGAUAAAGAAAAGAGUGCCGAUGCAAAAAUGACUAAAGUAACCACCGAAGAAAGUCUGACAACCUCUACUGGGUCCAGUGGACGCGCAGUUAUAGAUGUAGCGCCAUCAAGCAGUGAAGAUCCCGAUGAAUCCAGCAAAGAGAUUCCUGAGAUAGUCAAUACGGUUGCCGAGAAACCGACUUCGUCUGAACACUUCGAGCUACCGCUGGAGAAGAGUGAGUGGGAAACAUCAGAGAAAGACAUUCCGGCGGCGGGCAAGCCAAAAGUUCUGCAUUCACCCCAGCAACCUCAAGCUUCUACAGCCAAAAGUGUUAUUGAUGAAACGCUAGUCAGUAAAACUCUUGCCGAGGUUCAUGAAUCUUUAGAGUUAGCCAAAAAUGAGCUGAGAAAUGUUGUGAAAGAUGGUAAAUGUAUUGAGGAAUCGCCAUCUGAGUUUGAAAUAAAUAUCCCUCCUCAAUCUUUUGCAACCGAUAUUGAAAGCGAAGAUAUAUCAUCAUUUAUUGGCAUACCCGAUCUUCAGACAUCAACAAUUGAAGGUACACAACCACCUGAGGGUCUCUUUGAUACAACGAUAAAGGAGACUUUGAAUAAGCAAGCAGCUAUGGCGCAUUAUGCUCAAGACGUGUUCAGUCAAGUCGACCGUCGUGAUGAUUUCGGCUCGUUAGGUUUCGUCUCCACUGGCACAGCUGAAGACUUCAGCUCCAUGGAAGAGCAUGCUGCCAAAGAAGAACAGGCUUCACUAGGUUUUAUAUCAACCGAAACUGCAGAGGAUUUUAGCUCCAUGGAAGAUUAUUACACAGAAAAAUUGGCAACGGCUAGUGUAGUCGCUGAGGAGAUUGCUGCUGAUAAAUCGACUGCCAGUACUUUUGAAGAAGUCAUCUCAGAUCAGACUAUAAAGCCGGUAGAUGUCGUAGUUCAUCGUGUGAAAGCUGAAUCCUCAUCUGAGUCUACAAAUCGCUGGAGUAUUCCUGAUGUCGAUAACUCCAGCUCAAGUGAAAGCUAUUAUAAAAGCUACGAAAAGAGUCAAAGCCGACCACUUUCAUCCGAUGUUGAUAUCUUACUAACAGGUACUUCAAGCGAUUAUCAAACAGCCCGCGAUUUUACUUCAACCUGUCGUGAGGGAACUGAGUAUGUUAGUGCUGUAAGUACAUUAGCCAGCAGCAGUGGAAAAACUAUAAGCUCUCAUGAGAGUAUGCGAAGCCUCGACUCACAGUCUGAAACUUCAGCCAAUUUAGGGAGCAUUGAUGUAUCGGAGCUUUCAGAAACAUUGGUAGCUUCUUCCACCGAAGCCGAUGCAAUAGAGGCUGAAGAAUUGGGACGUAUACGUGAUCUGGCCGCUGACGAUGAUGAUAGCGACGAAAGCUUGGAUAUGUCAGGAGCUGCUUACCCUACAACCGAACAGCAGAGCAUGAUGAAGCGCUCACAAGAAAUGAUUUUCAAGCCCAAAACUGAAGCCGAACUAAAAUCUGAUCAACAACAAGCCGAAUCUGCUAAAAUAGAAGAGUUUCCAAAAGCCAAAGAAACGGAGCGUACUUGGGGUCUAGCGUACCCACUUGAUGAGAGCAAGGCCGAUAGUCCUCGGGAUAGUGAAAAGGGUGAAGAUAUUUUACUUUACCAUGGCGAUUCCAGACGAUCCAUCGAUGAGUCAAAGUUAGCUUCAAGCUUGGAUGAGGGCAGUAUACUGUCAGUCAGCAUGUCCAGCACUUCAAAUAUUGACACAGUUGUGGAAAACUUUGAGGACAUGAUUGGAUCGGCUGGCUCCUCAUCACUGACUGGCAUUGAAGGAUUCCAGUAUGGUCACGAUGAACCAGCAACAUCCCUGCCUGAAGACACAACAUUUGUCUUGGAAAUGGAAAGUAGGGAACAUUCACCGCAGGAUUCUAAUGCUGGCACACCACCCGGAGGCGAAUCAAAGAGACGUGGCCAUAAACGUAAUGAGAGCACAUCUAUAUCAGGAGAUGCAUUAAAAGCUUUAGACAAGGAAGUAGCUCUACUUGGGGAGGGUAAAGAGUCAGAAAGUGAAUCUGACACAGACCCUUAUGAAUCUGAAUAUGCUCGGCAAUUCCGAUCGCCAAAGGAACGAAAAAGUAAGAAAAAGAAGCAGGCUGCAGCUGAAAUGGAUCACAGCUUUGAGCCAGAAAAACGCCCGUUUACACCGUCUCAGUUGGUAGCGGAAGUAAUCGUCGAAGACGCCACAGAAGAAUUGGAAGCAGAAGCAGCGAUGAUUGAAGAACGCAGGCCAUCACAAAAUAUGCAAGACUAUUCAAAGAUACCGGAUAUAAUGGUUACCGAGGAUAUUAAGUCGCCCAUAUUAGAAGAGGAAACUGACCAGUUCCCCGAAAAAACACUCUACAAAGUUCGCACCCAAGAGGAACUGCAUAAGGCAGGUGACGCAGCGAUUUAUCAAAAGACCAAAGCCGAAGAAAAAGAAGAGGACUUUCAGAGAAGGGUACAGGAACAAUACAAGCAGAAACUAGAAGAGCUAAAGCGUGCCGAAGUAGGUGCUGAGUAUGACGAUCACAAGGCACCCGAUUCGCCGGACUCUUUUGAAAUGGUAGAACAGCCCGACAUAUCGGACGAGUUUGUCAUCAUUGAAGAAGUCGCCAAAGAAGCGGAUGAGGUCGAGUUGGGUGGUAAAAGCAUCAAAAUAAAACAAACUAAAUACGAGCAAAAGCACGAUGAAGAUGUUGAAAAAAUAAUAAUAAAAUCAGCCCCUGCUGAUCCCAAGCUCGGUUCACAACUCUACAAGGAUGAUCUGAACUUUGAGUUCGAGGAAAGUCCUCCAACAGCAGCCAGUAGCAGUAGCGAGCAACAAGAAGAGAGUGAUUCCAGUGAUAUUGCUGCUGCCAAUAAACGGUGGGUCGAGAUGCAACUGACAGACAACCAAUUGCGGUAUCCCUACGAUCUCACAAGUGGCGUACUGGAAGACAUAAAAGAGGAAGACGGUGAAUUCGAAGUAGGCAGCAGUCGCAUCAGCAGCUUCAAGGACUCCUUUUCCAGCACACCUGAAUAUGAUUUAGCAGCUCGCAGAUAUCACUCUCGUGGCGAACACGAUGAUGUUUCGAUGAGCAGCUUGCAAGAAUUCGAGUCACUGGAGCAAGCUAUAUCGCUGGAGAAUCGCAAUCGCGCACAUCAGGGUUCAACAGACUCGAGUAAUGGCAGCUUUACGCGCCGAUAUAUUGUGCGCCAUAGUGGCAGUGGAACGGCACCAGGAGAUGAUGUCUCUGUUUCCAGCUUAAAAGAAUUUGAAGGGCUGGAGAAUGCCUGCAUCGAAGCACAUCUCAUUGAAAUUAAGGCCAAGGAGGAGGCAGCUUUAUUAUCCCGAUCCGAUGAAUCAAACAAAUCGAAUGGCAGCGAUAACGGCGCUGUUGGUAAUGUGGUUGUAACUAAGGUAAUACGUACUGUCACGCGCACCGAAGUCCUCCCAACAGGUCCAGGUCAAAGUCAAAAUCAAGCCGAUAACAUCGAAGCAUUGCUAAAACACAAGCUUGACGACUGUGAUAGUAAAACGACCCGAGCCAAACAGGCCGAGUUUACCGCUGAACCAUUGGAACACAAAUCGAAGAUCGAUAGUCAGGAUUCGGAAAAGGAUAGCAUAGACAGUAUGGAAAUUAGCAAGAGUCACGAUAUGAUGACUAGCAGCAUCGAGAGUUUCGAUAUCUCCAAGGAUGCCACCACACGGUCGGAUGUUGAUUCUUUGGAGAUUGACAAAAGACAUUCUCGACAGGAGAGCAUCGAAUCAUUUGGAGAUGAGCAGUUGGAUCUCAUGUCCAAGUUGGUGGUCAGCGGAGGGGGUGUCACCUUAGGGGAUGGUCUUACUACAACCACCACAACAACAACGACCAGCACUGAUGCCGAUGGACAUGAACAUACCGUAACUCGUGUCAUUACCACCACCACCACAGUUGGCGGUGGUGCAAGCCAUGAACUGCCUCUGGAUGAGAGUACCAUGUCGAAGGAUAUAUCUGUUGACUCAUUGAACUUGUGCAUGGAACAAACGACGAGUUCGGCGGGCACUACGGCCACUUAUCAGACUAGUGCCGGCAAUUCGCAGAUGUCGGGAAGCGUUACCAGCUGUGCUUCAAGUACGCUUAUGGAAGACUCUUUUCCUGGUGUGGGUGUGAUGUCGUCCUCACAAAUGUCGGCAAGCUUUUGGUCGCACGAUGAAUCCACUGUGGUGGAAGACGACCGCAACGAACAGAAGACUCAACAACAGCCACAACAGCAGGAGCAACAACGCCAAUAAGGCAGAUGAUGAGAAUGGGAGAGAGAGUUUAUGAGAGAUACAAGUAGAUGGGGCUUGAACAAUGUCAUAGAAUUUUUGGCUAGAUAAGGCGCACAAUUAAUGUGGAUGCUGAAAUCUAAUUCUCGGAAAAAUGCAAAUGGAUGCGACGCCAUCACCACAAGCUCUUUAAAUAACCAAAAUAAAGGAAAAAGAAACUAGAAAAUUCUACAUUUUUCAUCUACACAUUUUAAAUGAAAUUGAAAUGCAUACAUGAGUUUUUAAAUAAAUAACAUUAUAUAUACAUACUAUAUAUAUAUAUAUUUUAUAUAUUUAUAAACACUAAAAGAACGUGGGAUAUGAAUAUGACAUGCAUUAGCUGUUUACCGCAUUUUUUAUUAUUGGCUUUAAUGUUUAAUAAAUUUAAUAAAAACGAAAAAAAAAACAAAAUAAUUUUGUGCUAGCGCGUUGUAAUCGAGAAACACAUUCGCUUUUAAUUUUAUGUACUAGUUAUACAUUAAUAAAUGAAUCGCUUAUUAUUGUAGUUUAAUUUAAGCAAAUAUACAAAUGCAUGUGAAAAGGGACGUAAAGAAAUAAACAGCCAAGGCCUGAGAAGUGGAAUGCUUUUAAAGUCUCAUUUUUUUACAAGAACCAAGCAUAUUUUUAAGCUUGAAUAUUUUAACAAAUAUUAUACAUCCAUAUACAAUAUCUGAAACAAACUGAAUGACAUAGAUUAAAUUUACAUACAUAAAUAUACAAGCAUUGUAUCGUAUUUACUCACAUAUUGCUACACAAUACUAAAUGAAUAAAAAAUUAAACAAAUAUGCAAUGGAAAGACAAGUUCUCAAGGCACAUCUAGCAGCGUAUUGAUAAAACACUUAACAACUUAACAAAUGAUAUAAAACAAUGUUUUAGAGACACCAAUGAAGUAAAAUUUAUAUAAAUAUAUGUAUACAUACAUGCAGAAACCAAAUUUUGUGUUAUAAACAUACCAGAAAUAUAAAAUCUAUUUGUAUUGUAAACCACACGCGUAUGAAUAACCAAAUAAAAUGCUUAAUAACAAU